UGGUGUUAAGGUUUAUUUUCAAAAGAUAUGAAACAUAUAUGUCAUGUAUUCUUUUUGUAUGUUGGACUUAAUAUUAUGGAAGUAAAUCCUGUUGAUGAAAAUGUGUUUUAUUUUACUUGUUACGCAAACCAUAUUGCAGGGACCUCUUAUGAGGGCCGAUUAAGACCCCUGAUCUGAACCGUAAUGGAAACCCACAGUAGAAGCCCAUGGACGCAACCCUUCCUUUAGUUUCAGCGCAGAUGUCUUAUGUUCUUACAGUUCCGUCUGUCUUGGUGAUAUUAUACCCCCCUCUAAGUCUUUAUUCGGCAGAAACUACGUUUUGCACGUUCAGCACGAUCAUCCACCCUCAUCACUGCAGUGCGGAUCUCCCCUCUCUCUCACUCCACUUGCUCCCCAGAUUUGCGGUUUCUGUGCUGCAUUCAAUGAAGCUCGGAAACUGGCAAGUUAUACAAACCCACUGUGGUAAUACGUAUCAAUUUAGCAGGGAAAUUUGGACGAAACAUUUGAUCUGAAAAAGAAGUAUUUCAAUAAAUCCCUACGACUGAUGUAAAUUCGUUCGCUCUUAGGAAAAAACUGAAAGUUACAAAAACUGCAUAACUGUAAACGUAGCCUAUGUUUAGGCUGAGUAGUUUUUGUACUUUAACUGCAGUGUCCGACAAAAAGUUACCGAGGCCCUAAGCAGACAAGCAUACACAUUUCAUUAGUUCAUAUGGUUUAGCCACGUCCUCCUCUCACAAGAUAUAUUUCUCCAAAUAAAGUAUUAAAAUAUUUUAAUGGGAUCUUUUAAAAGUCACUCUAAGCAAUAUUUUUGGACUUUUCUGUAAAAAAUAUUUUAACCCCUAAAGUGAAAUGUUGCUGAGUGACACUGAUUAUUUAGUUAAUAUGCUAAGAGGAGGUACCGAGCAGCUUGAUGAAGCAGUUUCCAUUUCAGUCAAAGUUGACUCAAAUGGCUAGUGGGUCUGUCCACUGCCAAAAUAUCCCAUGACAUGAAAUAUUUGGAUUGACAUUAUUGCUUUUUUAAAGUUUUUACAUUAGCCAUUUACAUUCGUGUCAAACGUUUAGAUCUAACAUUUAGAAGUGCCUUUAAGAUUUGUGUUUGAAUUUAGAUUUAACACCUACCAUUUGUUUUAUGGUUUAUUCAGCUUCAAGAUUGGGUAUUAAAUACUUGGAUUUAACUUUUAGAUUUAGGUGUAUCAUGUAAGUUUAAGAUUCAACACUUAAAAAUCUAGCCUAUGGUACAUUGAGAUUUAAUAGUGAAAUCAGUGCAAACUUAUCUUCACAACAAAAAUAAAUGUGGCAAAGGUAAUAAAUUCUACUCUAAUAAUAAAGUGACUGAAAGAUUCGCACUUUUCUUUAAAACACCUCACAGAAAUGUUCAUAUUUCAGUGUGUGCAACUUUAUUUUAAGUGCAUUGUCUUGACAAGACAAGUAAGCCAAAAUCUAAAGACAACAGCUGUAUUAACUUGUUAUCAGAAAAAAACGAGUAAAUAAAAUUAAUAGAUUUAUGACUGUUUAGGACUCCCAUAAUGAUCAUACUGGUUUUAUCCUUUUUUUCCUUCUUUUGGUUUGUGAGUUAGUGUCUGUUUUGCCGAUAGCACCUGAAGGCAACAUUCCACUCCUGAAGUCAGAGCAGUAUGAGCCCCCGCUUCCUUCCCCCUCCUCUCUGCUCCAAGUGAAAACUGAGAUAGUGAGGAAAAAGCAACGGGAGGAAAGACCAUGGAAGGAGGAAGUUGGAUGUACUAGCCAGUCUGCUUCUUUGGGACACUUUUUUCCUUCUUUCGUUUUCACCUGGACUUAGUGAAACGCUUCAAUGUAGCGUUAUCCAGUGUGAAAUUUACGUGCCGGUAAAACGUCGUAAACACUGAAACCCGAAUGUUGAAGCGUUCAUCGGCUGAGGUUGAACAGUUAGCACGACCCGACAAAAGUUAGCCUGCUCCGGCUAACUUAGCCUGGCUCGUUAAACAAGAAAGGAAAAAAACAAAGCUAGUCGAGAGGCGGUCAAGGCUACUCGUAAUGUUGCCUCUCGGGAUCGACUUUAGAUACGGAUGAGAAAGAUUUUGGAGCUUUGGGAACAACGAGAACAACCGAGAGCCAGACGAGCGCUGCUAUGUCGGGGUUGAUUCACGGCUCUGGCAGCCCGCCUGAGCCCCGGGGUUGGCCACACUCGGUGCUGUGGAGGCUCGGGGGCUUCUUCUUCCUCCUGCUGCUGGAGGGUGCAGGCUGCCUGGCCAGCCCGAGUAGCCCCUCAGGCGUUAACAACAACAACAACCAGCCCAGUGUCAACAUCUACAUGAGUGUGGAGGAGGUGAAGAAGCUUUUGGGUAAGGAGGCCUGCAAGGAGACAGAGACAGCUGUCCUCAAACUUUGUUAACUGUGUGUUGAACUUAUGUGUGUCGGUCGAGAUGAAGCUGUCUCAGACACAGUUUACCUCUGUUAAACUGGACUUUCUUGAAGUUUAACUUGCUCUGUCUGUGUUAAAGGAGCAGACAAGGUGCAGUAAACAUUAAUGGGUCGAUUGUAAAAGUGCUGUAGAGCAAAGAAUUACACCUUCUUUUACUACAGCUGGCAGCAUUUUAAGUCGAAGUACAGUCUCAUUCAGGUAGAAACUCAAGUAUUUUGGGUUUCCCCAACAAGACCGUGAACUAAGGACCUUAAAAGCUAGGAAAAUGCAUUUUUUUAACCAAACUGUGUUGUUGUCAUAAAAACACAAUCCUGGCUUUUACACAAUGUUUUAUUUGAUGUACAGAACUGUGUAGUACAUCAAACAUGCACCACACAGAAUACACAACAAAGGCCAUAGGGGACAAAACCAGAUUUAUUUACAACAAACUGAAGUUUUUUCUUGUAGUUUUUCAUAUCUGAAAAGCUCAGUAAGGAUUGAUUCAUUGGAGAUAAAUCAAAGUUUGUGGUUGAUAUAAAGUCAGCUCCCAUGAUAAAUAUUUUAUUAAGAUUCUUUAUGUAUCCUGAUAUUUUCAUAGGCCUUGUGUGCUAUUUUAGAUGCUACCUAAAACACUUUGCACAGUACUAUCUGGGAUAUAAUCUCUGAAAGGCUUUUGUCAGAAUGAAGGAAACUGUGGAUCUUUCCCUCCUGCAUAAUAGACUUUGUUAUAUUGGUUUGUGAAUCAUCUGUGAAUACAACUGAGCGCUGUUUGUGGUUGGUACAUAACUUUCUUGUUCAAUUUUUAAAAUAAUGAUCCAUCACAUUCAAAAAGUAGUUUGCAAAUUCAUUUCAAUUCAAUGCAAAUGAGCUUUAUUGGCAUGAGUGUCUGGACUGAUGUUCCCCUAGGAGUGUACAAAAGUUUAACAUGAAAACACCGACAGACUGGUGAAAUCACGUGUGUCAGUAAAAUGCAGGAGUCAGACAGAGGCUUCUUAGUGAUUAUAGAACUACCUCAGAAUGGGAUCUUUGACUGAACUCUGACAUGUUACAAGUAAAUCUUGAUAGUCAGUCACACUUAGAUGUUCAGUUUUACAUUGUGGGGACAACAGUUUGAAGCCUGAGGAGGCUCCACAGCUGUGUUGUGUUUCAACCUCUGGGUGGUAUUCUAUGUGUCACCAGGAAUAGUGGAGAGGAGGAAGUGACUAAACCAUACAUUUAAAUAAAAAGGUUAUGGGGUAUUUGUGGUUCAGUGUCAGUGUUUGCUUACACAAAGUGAGUCAAAGGGAGGAAAGCUUGGACCAGUUUGUUGCUUUUGUCUUUGAAGUCCAUCAUAAAGCCACAGAAUAUGCACUAAAAGAUGCCAACUUAGAUAAAGUGACGUUUUAGUAUUUAAACUGCCCUGACCAUUUCAAAUAAUGAGUAUUUGUGUCAGCAUACAUUAGGGCUGUUAACAUUGGUCAAAAAUGAUAUUUGAAUAAAACAGAUACAAGAGUGCUUCAUCACUUCACUGCACAGGUCUCUGUUGUUAUUUUGCAUUUAUUGAAUGCUCCAAGUAUAACGCCUUCAAUCCCUUGAGUGACAGAGAAAAGAUCUUCUUAAUUCCAUUCCCAUCUAUAAUGUCUGAUCAAGCAGAGCAGAGCCGUCUGGAAAAUCAUUUGGUGCAAUUUUUUUAUAACUUGAUCUGAUCAGCCUGUGGGAGACUCUAAUGCUGAUUGGUACAGUGCGUGUUGUGAUUUCUUUGUGCAUAAUAUUCUCCGGUGGAUUGUUAAUCAGGCAAAGAGCCAGUCACUUAUUUACCACCGCAUGGAAGUUUUUUUCUUUUUUGAAUGUACAAAUAUAAAUUUGUGCUUGUUGAUUUUGGAGCAUGAUUUUUGCAUAGACUGUGAGCAUCAUUGUCGGUCAGUGCAGUUUGCUGAAUCCUCUUUUAAAAGCCUUUGCAUGGUCUUGAAAGUGAUGCUUACAUCACUAGUGCAUUCAUUAUUUUCAUAACGCUACUAACAUGUAAAAUCACAUGGACAUUUUAUAGAGAUUUUGUUUUUGCAGCUACUUUUUCAGGUAGAAACUCAGCCUUGAGUGGUCACUGACCAAGGCCCCAAAGAGUACUAUUUUGUCUGUCAUGGAUUUGAUGCUAUUUUGUGACUAUGGUGCUUUUACCGUGAAACUCUCCCUCUACAACAUGAAUUGUGACUGAAGCAUUUUUAUUCAGUUCCCCAUAGUCAGUUUUUUUUACUGAGUAACUUAUUGUUUAUCAGUUAUGCAUUAUUACUUUUAUUUGAGCAUGCACCUAUGGAUUGUGAUCCUGCAGAUGCUGCAUCAAAUUUGACUCUUGACUGUGUUUCUUGCAGCAGCAGGUCAUGCAGAUGGUUGAUCCAUGCUCUUAAAUAGCUCCUUGGUCACUCUCAUUGUACUUGAAGUACUUCCACGUUGCCAACUUUACCCAUUUUUUUAGAGAAUACAAGACUUUGCUGUGUGGUCUACCUGCCACAGUUACACUUAAAGCAGAUUCUCUGUGGCUCUUUAUAAGCAAGGCAAGACUUAACUAAAACACCGCAGGUGUCAAGUUGCGUUAGCUCUGUGCAGGUUGCACCAAACAUAAUGUACUGCCCCCCUUUUUGAGCAGAGCCUGUACAAUUAUAUAAGCAUGAUAUUUCAAAGAACACUAUGUAGUAAAACCUGUUCAAUGCUCCAUCCUUAAACAGGACAAGUUCAGUGUGGAAAAUAGAGACACAGCCUUGUCCACAAGGGGCGCCAAAAUUAACUUAAACCAAAAUCUUCUCAUUUGAGGUGGGUGAUGCUCUACAGUAAGAUUCAGCUUCGAUUAAUAAAUGUCGAUGCUUUAAAGAAUAAAAUGAAUAGAUGAUAACGUCGAUGCUUUGCUGCAAUGCUGGACCCUUAAUGUGCGUACACCCAGACUGUUUAGUGAGUGGGACCACAACAAACGGAGCAGGUUAGUUUCUUGAAUUGAAGAGUUGAAGCUCCCAUGUUUGAAAUUGAAUCGAAUCAUCAGGUACCCUUGUUGGAACAGCCUUACUUCUCAUAGAUGCUUUGCAGCUCAUACAGUCCAAAGAGGAAAAUCCAGAAGAACUAAUAGACAAGCUGCUCCAUAUACUCAAGUCAAUAAAUUAAGAAUGUGAAGAUGCAGUAGAUAAAGACUUAAUGAACUCUUCCAUAGUUCAUUAUAAGCUUAAGGAAAAUGAGAAAAAUUCACCAGUAAUACUACACAAAUCUAUAAUGAAGGACUUGCUCCUCUUAGAAGCACACUAUAAUGUCACCUAAAAGGUAUAACAUUAUGCUUGCAGAGAUUAUGUUUAAUUUCCUCUGUUUGGUUCAGCUUCUUUGUUGUACCUAUUACUGUGCGAAGAGGAACAUUGUAGCAAUAAAUUAGCCGUCCCGUUCCUUACACGUGUACACAAAUACUCUGUCAAUGAAGACGAUACCAUCAAUCUUGCUAGAUGUGCAAAAAAAAGAAUUUUUUUUCUCCACACACUAUUAGACUGUAACUGAUCCACCAUCUUCUCUCCUGCUGCCAAGGUCGAGUGAGUCGAUAGAUUGGUCUUAAGUUGUUAAUUUAGGGUUUACCAAAGAUGUCUCGAGGUUGCAGUUUGAAACCAGUCAUUUACCAUCCGAGUGCCGCUGCACGGCCUAAUGAACGGGUAGAAGUGCUGGUGCGUAAUGUCUUUGAGGAUGGAGGAAGCUGAUGCUGCAGCUUCUCAAACUGACUAAUGUGCUGCUGUAAAUACACGUAUCAUUGUGUUAUCAUGGCCUCAGCAUUUUUACAACAGAUGGGAGUUAGGGCGACUCAGCAACUUUGUUUCUGUUGUCCUGAUCUCAAGGAGAAUCAGGUGUGUGCAGGUUUUUUCAGGGAUAUUUUCUCCCAGAGCUGCAGUUAUUCAGCAGUUUUAAACAACAAUGCAUGUUACUAUAAACUCCAUUAUUACAGAUUUAACAGAUCUUGUCAUGCUUUAAAAUAUCAAAGGGAGUGUAGUGGAUAAGUUUGGCCAUUUUUAUUUUUGACAAGUGCAUUAUAGUAACCCUUCUUGUGCUGUUAAAGAAAGCUUGGAGCUCUUUUUUCUUCACUCUAUAAUCACCCUGGCGUUAUACCGUGGGCUGAUUCUGUCCAUUUUGGUUCCUCUUGUGCUCCAUCAUGCUAUAGUUAAUCUUCUGUUGCUGGAACAGGGCCUCUCUUGUGGUUUGCCUGAAACCUUGUCUGGUCGUUUGGAGAAAUCUCUUAAUGUUUGACAACUUAGUGUGCAGAGUUUAAAGUAUGUUUGUGGACAGAAACUGCCAUAAUCCAGGAAAAACUGUUGGAAAAACCUGCUGGAGGGAGGUGGAAAUGGCAACACAUUAGCUGCAGAAGGUAGUAAAAGCUAAAUACAGAUAACUACAGAUUAAUGUGGUGGGUUAGUUUGCUUUUUUAAUUUGGCAGGUUUUGAACUGAAAUCAUAGACUCAUGGAUUAUCUUCACAGGUAUUAUACUCUAAAGUAGGUUAUGCACGUUUUGUUUGUGUGAGAAACUCAGCAAAAAGAGAGGUGGCCUGAUUUAGUCAGCCCUCUACAAAGUGUCCCUCUUGAAUAAGUUAAAGUAAGUCUCUUAUCCAGAUAUACAGUAUAUUGCUUCCUGAGCCGUUACCACCAGCCCUGUAUGCACACAUGGUGUGCACACAUACAUGCCUACGACAUCCUGUUGACAAAAAAGGAGUGUAAUCUCCUAAAAAUGCUCCCCAAACCGCAAAGAGCUUGUGUCUGCUAACAAUGUGGGGAGUUUCUGAAGCGUCUUAUAUUUGACAUGGAGGGAGUAUCUGAAACAACAGGCAUGGCCAUCUAAGGGCUGAGUUAAAGAAAGCCAUGGUUUUUAAAGGCAUUUUUGGAUUUAGUAAGCAUGCUUUCAUUUUUCAAUUUGGGGAAAUAGAGUGUGCUUUUCCCAAGCCUUUAGUUUAGUACAUGCAAAUUUGGGAUUUAUGAUGUGGCAUGGAGAUUUUUUGGAACGAUUUGAAAGGACCGUGAAAGCUCAAUGAUUAUUAUCCCUCGGAUUGGACUUGUUAUGGCUUGAGAUGCAAUGUUGAAAUUAAUAACGUUUAUGAUGACUCAGUUCCACACAACACUUCCAGUGAGCCAGCUUCAACAAUAAGGCUAGUCAGUGUGUGUUUUACCAUAUUAACAACCCCCCCCCCUUUUAUAUUACCCCAGAUCACAGCAGAAGUCAUUGAAGGUUACCUUUCCUUUAGAACAGGUUUAUACGUUUUCUUUUUUAAUGAACAAACUAAAAGGCCUGAUGUUAUUUAGCUUAUUUACACCACGGCUUGUCAUUUCUGUCUCUACAUGCUCAAUGUUUACUUUUUUUCCUCUGCUGUCUAUAUUGUACACGACAGAGUUCCGCCCAGAUGUGCCUAUACACACAGACACGUGCGCACACAUAUACAAAGAUACACUGAUGUGCUGGCACACACAGGUGAGCACACUCCCAUCAGCGGACAGAGAGUGUGCAUCAGAAAAUAUGUUGUGUUAACCUCCUGAGAAUCUGAGAAAAAUAGUUUUUUUAAACACUCUCAGGGUGCUGAAGCUGGCAGCACUCACUCUCCUGCUCUUGGUCUAAGGUCAUAUAAGCAUCAUGAUUUCCUCAAAUGUUCAUGUUUGUGUCUGUCUGUCCCCCCAAAAGCUGUAAGCCAAGGGGAAACACUACUAGUGCAAACAAUGAGGAAAAUGUGAAUAAUAAAAGGUAGUGAUGCACGAUAUGAAAAAUUUCAACCGAUACCGAUAACCGAUAAUUUUCUUCUUCUCAUGGCCGAUACCGAUAACCGAUAGAUUCAUAUUUUUACAUUUAUUAUAAUCUUCAUAUAAUCUGCAGUUUGUGCAGGAUGCAGCGAUUGAAAACUGAUGUUUUUGUUGCUCUGGCCUAUCUAGAACAACAAACAAAAGUUUUUGGCUCUUCAAAUGUGGUCAUUUGCUAUAAAUAACAAUAACAGAGCAAAAAGCAGAACUUCAUUUGAUCCCCUGAACUGUUCAACAGAACUGUAAACUGUAAAGGAGUUAUUAUGAGACGUUAGGCUUAGCAUGCUGACCGGACUAACAUCUGAUGUCCAUAUGUCUGUGGUAAAACUCACGUGUAGUCCGUUCUUGUCGAUCAUGUUGUGAAUGUAUGUGGCGACAAUAUCAUAGAGUGCAGGAAGAGACACAUCCGAGAAGAAGCGGCGGCUUGGGAGAGUGUAACGUGGCUCCAAGUGUGCUAUUAACUUGCGAAAACCCGGGUUCUCAACGACGGAAAAAGGCUGGUCGUCGACCGCUAUGAACUCCAUCACUUUGUCGUUAAUGGCUUUAGCCUUUUCGCUGUCUCUUGAGAAGCUUUUGCAGUUUUUAAAUGGCCGCUGAAUGGGGACAUCGAUCCUCCGUAGUGUUGUUGUCUUAGCUUUAGUACCGCUAGCAGCUUCGGCGGCUGUCUCAUAUUCUUUUACUACCGCUUCGCCGCGAUGGCGACUUUUCAGAUGAGCUAUCAGAUUCGCUGUGUUAAUACUUGACGUCUUCUUUCCUCCUCUCGGAAUCCUCGCUGAACAGGUUUUGCAUAUAGCAAUGCUGUUGUCAUCUUCUGCCACUGAGAAAAACGACCAUGCUGGUGAAGACAUUUUAUUAUCUGUCAGGUAGUGACAGGGUCAGACUUUGGACCUGCGAGUAAGGCGCGAUAGAUGACGUAACCAGCGCGUCUCGGACGGGCGGCUACUCCGCCUGCAAACGUUACUCGUAAUUUCAUUAAUAUAUCGGAUCUUUCUAUCGGAAAAAUGCACCUAUCGGACCGAUAAAAAAUGACGUAAUUUCCCCCCAAAUCGGCCGAUAUUUUAUCGGUCCGAUAAAUAUCGUGCAUCCCUAAUAAAAGGGAUGAUGAUGAUGUCAGGUACUAUGAACGCUGUCUCACACCGUUAUAGCUUUCUGAGACACUCAUGUAGAAGCAGUACACUGCUAGUAUAAUUACUAAAUGUCUGCAUAAUUACAAAUUACACUGUCUGCUUUUUGCUUCACCAAAAUCUCAGUUUUCAAGAAUUUCUAGGGCAGUGUGGGAACAAGAUACCUGUCAACAGCCUGGGAUGUCAUUUUGUAACCUGGAUACUAUCUGCAUGCUGUUGUUACUACAGUUUUAUGUUUUAGAGAGAGACUAAAAACAGACUGGAAAAAAAAGAGAUAUUUAAUUUUAUAUUCCACACUGAUACUGUGUAUAUGCUGUGUGCACAUUCACUGUGUAUUUCGAUGUUGUAAUUUACGGUGGAAGUGCUGCUGGGUAUUUAAAGCAAAACUGUAAAGCAUAUGAAAUUCUCAGUUAAGAUACUAGCAUUUUUUUGUUAAGUUCAUGCAGAGUAAAAUUUGAUUAGCUGUUACAAACAGUCGUUAUCCCUUAGUUGUAACACAUUUGUCGAACAAGGGAAACAGAAGUUACCUGCCUCACUCUUCCGUCUUUGAAGGAAUUAGGGACGUUACUGACAGUCUCUCUCUUCCUUGUUUGCCUCUUUCUCUUCUUGGUCUCCUCAGUGAACAUUAAAAAGGGGUUAAAAUUUUAUUAAUAUGCAGUCAUCUGUAAUAUCUCCAGUAAAGUGGUUCAUGUCACUGCGCGUCAAACUGUUUUAUCACACGCCACAGGCUAAGGUUAUUGGAGUGUCUCACUGUGAGUAAUAUUCAUAGGAUGAUAUUUGAACACACUAAGCCCCAGCAGCCCUGGAGGAGAACAGAGAGUGACAGCUGUCUCACAUGAAGGUUUCUAGUCUUUCUGUAGAUUAGCACUUUAUCUUUGAUGACUGGGCAAAAUUAUAGCCGUGAAACAGUCUCUAACUAUCUACCUGUGGGUCAGUGUUCUGUUUGCCUGUCUGCUGAUGGGUUACUCAAACUCUCCCUGCCAUCAUGGUAGCUUGUUUGUGUGUCUGUUCAAUGCUUUGGCCGACUUUAUGUUUGUGAAUAAAACAUAGAGAGGUUUUUUUUUUUUUUAAAUAGGGAAAAAGUGAGAUCACCUUCUCCUGUAGUCUGUUCUGCCUGCUAACUGAACAGAUGGGCUUUCCCUUAAAAAUGUCAUUUUGAUAACUUUAACAAACUACCUGACUCUCAGAGGGCCGUUAGCCAGCAGGAAGACGUCAUGCCUGGGUUGAAGCAGGAUUAGCAUCCACUGUGUGUUUGUCUGUGGCUGAACUACAGGCAGCAGCAUCCCUGAUUGUUUUUGCACAUGACUAAGUUCAGGGCAGUAAACUCUGUCUCAGGAAUCCCACCGUCCACAUGCACUCUCUCUGUCAGCUCCGGCUAUCAGCUGUGUCUGCAGACCUCACGGGUUUGAAUAGUGUUGGCAACUUGACCUCGAGGCCUCUGGAAAAGUCUUUUAUUAAAAUGAUUGUUUUGUAAUGUUUGAGUUUAUAUCCAGGGAGACCUAGCAUCACACUGCCUGUUGAACAUUCAUAAAGCCCAUGACUCCAGCUAUGACAUUCAUUUUACAGUCUUCAAUAGAGUUCUUUCUUUCCCUCUUUCCUGGCAUUCUGACCAUCCAUGUGAUAAUUUAGAAGAUGAUGGAUGAAGUAAAAAUAAGAGCUCUGUAUGUUCGCCUGCUGUCUGCUAUAAUAAUGAUCUUUUAGAGCCUGGUUUUCCAUGGAUUAUUCACCAGUCGACUUGAUCCCUAACACAUUGCUCUCAGGAAUUUUUUUAUGGAAAAUCUGCACUAAGCGAGUCUGUUUUCUACUUCUUGUACGGCUAACUCAACUGUGUCGUUGGCUUGGCUGCAUGCUGUCACAAUGCUUAAGCUUUCCAAACAAAGUAAAAGUGACCACAAUUAGUAUUGUGCAGACAAAAUGAGCCGUUUCUCGUUAAAACCACCGGUCUAUCCACUUCCUUCUCUUGUGGAAGGAUUUCAGUCAGACAACCUUCAACUGGUGUUACAGCUGUCUCAAACACACACACACACACACACACACACACACACACACACACACACACACACACACACACACACACACACACACACACACACACACACUUAUCUUCAGAAAACAUGGCCUUUCUCCAUGCUAUCUCAUCGGAAAUUCUGCAUAUAAACAUUUUUUGUACAAAGUGAGUAGGUCACUGUUGGCUUUAUUCCUCUGGCUCAGCAUGGAAAAAUCAAAAUAAACAUAGUUUUAUCAAACUCUCCAGAAGUGUGCAAAAUCGUGCAAGAUUCUUAAAAGCCAAGUGCAUGUCCAGCCUUCCUUCUCCCCUCCUCCAAAGAGCUGAAAGGCAAGCAGGGGCUUUGAAAAAGAGCCUGUGAACACCGAGGAGUGAUUGGCAGCAGUAUUCAUUUCCUUCAUGCCACUCUCCAAGGAUCCUGCGGUUGAAUAGAAGGAGCCCCUGCUUUCACAUCUUUUGUCUCAAAGCUGCAGCUCUUGGACAAAAGACGGGCUGCUGUGUAGCGAGAGUUUUCCCUUGUCGUGUCAAAAUCAGAAAAUCUUCAUCAGAAAGAAACAAAAACACCUAGUUUUAUUUCUCCUUUUGGAAAUGAGAAAACGUUUGAGCGGCAUGUGACGAAAACAGAAAUUUCUAACCUUAAAUUUGUUGAAUUUGAUUAGUAGGGGUGGGAAUCACCAGUGGCCCCACGAUACGAUAUUAUCAUGAUACUUGGGCCACGAUACGAUAUUAUUGCGAUUUUUAACAUUUUGCAAUUCAGUGAGGAUUGUGAUACAAUAAAUUGUGAUUUAUACAACUUUUUCAACUGUUUAGCUAAUUUAGCAUUUGUUUUUCCUUUAUGUUUGUUUUAUUUACGCUGUAUUUUAUUUUUAUGUAGCACAUCUUGCAAACCUCAUAGAUAUUUAUUACACUAACUUUCUCCUUCUCUAUGAUGUCACCUCUGCCAACCUCACUGGACAAACAGUUGAUUUUGUUUUUUUCAUCAUAGAUUUGACUUCAUAUGAGCAAUUAAUUUGAAAAAUUUAUACUUGGUCAAUAGACGAUAUGAUAUAUAACCAGACAAAAUAUUGCGAUACGAUGCUGUAUUGAUUUUUUUCUCACACCCCUAGUAAGUGGGCUAUUUCUCGAUUUGUUUGAUGUUGUUGCAUCUUCAUGACCCACAAGUAAAACUAUGGGCAUCUUGACAAUUUCUAUGUAGUAAUUUUAGUGCCUAAAAGCAAUGGAGUGGGAAAUGUGCCAAAAGCAGGAUGAUUUUUUUUUUUUCCCCAUAAAACACAAAUUACACAAGUACAGGACUAAAUCUGCAGUUUCCCCCCUCUCUCACAGGGGUUGACCCUAACUGAACGCUCCAUACUGGAACUUUAAAUAGCAGAUUCUUGCAUAGACAAAAACACCUUUCUAAACUAGGAGAAAAAAAAACACCAAAAUAUUUGACCUGAGGCACACAGCGCAAGCUUUCAAACCUCUGCUGAACUCACCAAAUAUCCCGUGAAAAACAGCAGCCAAAAAUAGAUGGGUUAGAUGGUUUGCCUUAGACCCCCUUAACAUGAAAUCAUUCUGCCUUGAAGAGCUAAUCAUUUUCUCACUAAAGCAUUUGAUAUUUGUUGAGCAAAUGAAGGAGCCCCUCAGGCAACAUGUAACCAUCAACACGGUGCCUGUGAAGGGACAUCAGUGGCAGACAGACUCCCUCAGUUGCCUCCUCACCCUGCCUUCAUCCCUGUCUGCCUCAGGGAACUUUGUGGAGUAAAAGACAGAAAAUGAUGAAUGGUCGCUUUGAAGUGAGUCAAAGAAAACCACACAGAUUCCGACUUAAUGUCUGCUUUUACUCAGUCUGAGAUACUUUUAAUGAGACGAGUAGUCGAGUACCUCUGUUGCUGCCUAAAUGUAAAGCUUUGUUGUGUUUUAAGGAACCUUCUUCAUCUGUGAACAAUGUCAACAACAACAGAUGCCCUUCCUCUUGAAACAAAAAAGACUGCAUCAGCCAAAGGAGACUGCACGUAUGGAGGGGAAUCAAAAAUUGAGCAUGGGGACAACUGUGACCAUGUCCUAACUGACAAUGACACAGGAAUCUGAUGCUCACUUUUUGAGCUGUGUUUUUUGCAGUUGCAGCUUUGCCAGGAAGCUGCAUGUGUCUGCUUUAUUGUUUGGUUUUCCUCUUUUGAAUGUCCCUCAUGACCUGGGCCGUUAUCCUGAAUACUUUUGCAAAUCUUUUUUAAGUUGUACCGGUGUAUGGUGGUUAAACUACUUAACAUGCUGUUCCAUCAUAAAAACCCUCUGAUCAACAGUCAUUUUGCUCUUCUGUGAAUUAAGGCUAAUUUUACAUCAUCUUCACACAUAUGCAUAUUUGAAAAAUCCGCCUUUUUUCCCAUGGGGCUUGUGAGACAUCAACAGUCCCUUUUUUAAUAAGCAAAAUCCUGAUCCCCUCAGGUCUGCUAUGUUGCAUAGAGAUCUGAGGGUAUGGUUUACUGUUAAUACCUCUGGAAUGCUGCAUGCUAGCGACUCACUUUUUUCCACAGUAAAGCAGACAGCUGCACAGAUCCAACAUGACUCUGGUGUGGUUGUUCCUAAUUCAUGAGCUUAAAACAAUAUAUCUGUGAUAAUGAGUCCAAUACUCUGUGUCUUCUUAUUACUUACACAUGCUAAAAGCUGUUUUCUAGUAGCGGUGGGAGGAAAGAAUUGACACAACACAGUAUUGCGAUAUUAUGUCUGGUGAUAUAUCUUAUCGUCUUAUUUACCAAGCAUCAAUUUUUUCGAAUUACUUCUUAAUAUAUAGUCAAAUCUAUGAUGGAAAAAUCAAAUCAACUGUCCAGUGAGGUUGGCAGAGGUGACACCAUAGAGAAGGAGAAAGUUAGUGCAACAAAAAUAUAAAAGGUUUGUAAGAUGUGCUAUAUGAAAAUAAAAUACUGUGCAAAUAAGACAAACAUAAAGGAAAGACAAAUGCUAAAUUAGCUAAACAGUUGAAAAAAUUGUAUAAAUAGCAAUAUAUUGUAUUGCAAUACUUAUUGUAAUGCGAAAUGUUAAAAAUUGUAAUAACAUCGAAUUGCGUCCAAGUAUCGUGAUAAUAUCGUAUCGUGGGGCCACUAGUGAUUCCCACCCCGAUUUGCUAGUUGUCUACUGACAUGGAUUUUCCAGUGGCUGAUGCUAACGCGGAUUAUUAGAAGCAGACUGACCAGUAUCGAAAAUGCCAAUACUACCGGUAUAUUGUUGUUUGUAGGUUUUUUUAAAAAUUUUAUUAACACAAUUUAAUGAUUCACUUACAAGUGAGGAAAAAAAAAUUGAAUUUAAAAAAUAUAGUUAUGUUGAAAUCUGGGGUAUGUAGUUUUGGUGUCAUCAGGCAAAAACUCUACAACAGUUUUUGUAAAAAUACCUAAAUCCAGUCUUUUGGACCUCCUCUUUGCUUUGUAUUCAGGCUUUAAUAUUUUCGACAAGGAUGAAUGCUUUCAGCCAAUCAGGGUUCAUUCCAGAGAAAGCAUUCCUAUUGGCUAUCCCAAUUACAAAGUAAGUCGGGGCAUUCACACUCUCUUAAAGGGUGGGGGUCUAAUACAAUAGUGGAGCCUAAACCAGGAAAACUUGCGAUCCCAGCACCAGUAAGUAACCAUUGCAUGAACAGCAAACCUUAAAAAGAGGAGACAGAUUCCUCCUGAUGAGCCUUUGACAAUAAAAUCCGUGAAUGUGUUUCAGUCUUGGGAUCAAUCCAGCAUAUUCCAGUCUACAGUAAUAAGUAUGGUUAUCUCAACCAAUAGAAUAUUUUAGAGGGAUUUUCAAAUCAUUCUUCAAAUAGACAAAUACACUGGGCCAAAACUGUGGAUUUUAGAAUAUAAAUGAAAAUAAUGCUCCAACUAAUGUGAAACUAUCAUUCAAUUCAGUGUGACAGCAGUCCUAUUUAACAUCAGGCAGUAACUGAUGUGGAUUUGAUUUGCUGUGAUUUAGGAUAGAAAAAAGUUAUCAUUUAGAAAAGAUGAUGGUGAUGUGACUGUUGAAAUUCAGGGUCUGCCUCUACCAAUAGCCAUUCUUUUACAAACUCUCUUAUUACCCAAUCAGAGGCUGUAAUGCAAACGUUCACCUACCAGAGGCUCUUGUGCAGAUGUUGGGCAGUUUUGAUCACAAAAGGUCAUUGUACAGUGAGAUAGUAAGCUGUUGUGUCUUAUCAAUGGUUUUGCAAAACAGCAAGACCCACAAUGACAAGUACAGCGGUCUAAAAGCAGAAAAAUGAAGUUAAUGGCAGACUGCUUGGACACUGUAUUAAUGUGCAUGUGUGCUGAGUGAGAAGUAUUUCUUGGCAAUGUAGUUUAAUUCCAAAGAGUUGUUACACACAUUUGUUUUGGCCUUCCAGCUGACCACAAUUGAUGAGUGAUGCAUUCUACAAAAAAUAGACUCUGAACAGCAAAACUUGCUACUGCAGUGUUCUGGAACAACAACAAGAAAGGGCUUCCUGUUUCUGUUUCUCUUUUAAGAAACAACAAUUACAGAAAAAUCCUGAAAGGACUGCAAAAUGCGAAGAACUAGACCUUGACCAAACAUUAACUCUACACACCACUAAUUAGUGCUCAGUGUGAAUCAAGUAAAGCUAAACUUUUGUAUAAAAAUGUUGUACUAUGAAGGUUAAAACUGGAGGACCACUUUAAUAAUGUGCCCAGAUUUCAAACUCUGAGCAAAAACAACCCUCGGUAGGUAGCUCUACAUCUGUGAGAGCUGACUGUGAGAUGGGAUGGCAUGUCAGGUGAUUUCCUGCUGACAUUGUUAACCCAGUGCCUCGUGUUCCAGUGGAUACAACUAAAGCCAGGGGUGGUGGUUUCAGGAGAGAAAGCCCAAAUCACAUUUUCUGGAAAAAGCAACUCUUUAAAUGUGCAUUCAGGGGUAUUUCUGUUUUGGCAUGCUAUUCAGACUCAAAAGGUCUUCAUUUGAACUUGUUGAAUUUUCUUUUUCGACUGACAUGUAUGAAGAGGCUGAAAAAGGUUCUCUGCUGAUUUUAGCUCUCAGUUUUUUUCAUUGUCUGUUCAGAGCCAGGUCUUUUCAGUUAAUAGCUUUACCAGCAUGUCUGAUAUCUUAAAUCUUGAGAUCCUUCCUCCAUUAUCCAGCCUUCUCCUGCCUCAUUCAUGUCAAAGGAUUUGUUUGGAGUUUCCAGCUGAUAGAGUUUCACACGGGCCCCAUUUCCUCCAUCCCUAGUUAAUGUGGCCAGUAUCUUCCAGUGAGCACUGAGGGGGGUGUUUAUCUCCUGAGCACUCAGGGAUGAAGGCUUCGGGAGGUAUAAUGUCGACUGUGCGCACAAGAGGGUCUUUGUUAUAUCCAUCAUGGACCUUUUCUCUCGUCCACGGCCACCUUUUGUUCUCCUCGUUCAAAGUCUGCAACCUGAUCUGCAGCUUGAGAAGGAAAAUUUGCAUGUGGACUCAGACGUCUGCAGGGCCCAAAAUUUAAAGAUGUAUGAAUCUUGAUUUUUUUGCUGUGAUUUAAAGUUUUGUUUUUCAAAUAUGAACAUGAAAAGAAUGACUUUUAAAGGCAGGCUCUAAAUGUGAUAUUUUCUCUGAGUAUCUGCGCCACUUUUCAUUUCUUGAGCAAUGAGAGAAACGUGGGAGGAGGAAAAGCCACAGACAAAAGAGGUGUAUGGGUGUCCUUGUGCAGGGCAGCAUACUGGUAGGUUAUACCUCUGCUCAGCAUCCAACAGCAGAGGACUGAAUGGACGUCUGAGGUAUGAUGUGUAGGCGUCAGCAGGGUGUAAAGCAUCUGAUCAUUUCAGGUGGGUUUCAGGUACAAUCAGUGAGGUUGUUCCUUGCGGUAUUUUGGUUUCCCAGCAGUGGUGAUAUUAUUGGCAUAUAUUUGCAAACAGGAUCCUUUCACCGAGCUGAGAGUAUUGAUUCCCACAGUUUUAAUCAUAGAGCGCUCUUCCUUUUGUCACCAAGAGGAUGUAAUUUGACAAACUUGGGAUGUACUGAGUUGUGCAGCUGUAGUUAAGUGACCAUUAGAUGCAUAAAUCAUUGAGAAAGAAGCCACAUAAUGAGAAAAGGGUGCUAAUCUGUCCUAUCUAGAUUAGGGACUAUUGGAAACAUCGGAUGCUUUCACACCUGGGAACAAGAGGUUGUUCCCCUCCUUGGUCUGGAUCAUUCAGUUACAGAUAAACGCAGCAAUCACACUGUGAUGCAGGACAAAUCAAGCGAGCUGAGAUGGCCUCACAGAGAUGGUCUCGGCUCGCCUCCUCUCAGACCAGAACUAAAAGCUGCUCAUCACACUAGUACCAUGUUAGUGAAACAGUUAUACAACUGUGAGGCGAUUUCAAUUACAUUUGAUGGUAAUCAUUACUCACUGCCCUCGUUCAGUUAAACACCAUUGAUUAGCUCUAGCUUAAUCAGUUUACAUUGUAGGAGUGGGAAUCACUAGUUAGCCCACGAUACGAUAUUAUCAUGAUACUUGGGCCACAAUGCAAUAUUAUUGCGAUUUUUAACAUUUUGCAAUACAGUGAGGAUUGUGAUACAAUAUUUUGCAAUCUAUACAAUUUUUUCAACUGUUUAGCUAAUUUAGCAUUUGUCUUUCCUUUAUGUUUGUCUAAUUUACACUUUAUUUUAUUUUCAUGUAACACAUCUUGCAAACCUUGUAUGUAUUUGUUGUACUAACUUUCUCCUGCUCUAUGAUGUCACCUCUGCCAACCUCACUGGACAGGUGAUUUGAUUUUUCCAUUAUCAUAGAUUUGACUUCAUAUUAACAAGUAAUCCGAAAAAAUUGAUAUUUGAUAAAUAAAACGAUACGAUAUAUCACCAGACAAAAUAUCACAAUAGUAUGCUUUGUUGAUUCCCCCCCCCAACCCUAAUACAUGAUUAUGCAUUUCUUCAUUUUUUUUAUUUUGUAAUAAUCACAUCACAGGGUUUAAUCUUACUUGACCAGCAGAAACAGUUUACUGUAGCACUGAUUUAAACAGUAAGCUCAUUUGGCUGCCUGUCACUGUGGACCAAACUUUGCAUCAGUGACACCUUGCUUUAUCCAAACAUAGUUCAACAUGUUGGUAUGUGCUCUUUGAUAGAGGAUCUUACUGACAUGUUGUUUUGGGUAAUGUAUUAAGGGAUGGUUUUGAAUGGAAACAGAUCACAUUUAGUAACAGGAGGAGGUGGUAUCAAAAGAAACAGAUGAUUUUGCUGAUUCCCCCCCUGUGAAAAAAUCAAAUACAACAAAAGCUUGCGUCAUUUACUUACAAUAAAUCUCGCUUUUAAAUAUGAAAAAUUUAAGAUGUAUAAGGUUGAAGUGUGGGCCAGAAACCUUAGUCUUGGUUUACUUUGUGGUUCUUGUCUUUUCAUUGAGCUUGCAUGUGCUGGGGUUCUGUGUUUUGAGAAGUGGUCGGGCAGGUGACAGGACUUGUUCUGCCUCGGCUGUUGUUAAUCACUUAACACCAACAGAGAGAAAUGGAAGUGUCCAGCAGGAAAUAAUCCCUCAAAACAAAACAGGCUGCCAAGUUACCGCACUGGAAUUCAGAAUGAUGAUGUUAUUUUCCAUUACAGUUAAAACACAAAAACUUUUGCAUCUAAAGUGGCAAACAUUGUGAUGAUAAACUGAGGCACUUAGUAUGUGUUUGUGGACAAACACGCACAAAUAAACCUUCUACACACGCUCUUUGUGACAUUCCCUUAAAUCCUCAAACCUUAAGAAGCACUCAUUCCGUGUCCCUAUUCCACUGUAUAAACACGGACACACUCUGAUCACUAUCCCUCACAUUCCAGCUGUGAAGCAGUCACAUGUAGUCAGUGGGUUUGGUGUUGUGGGAGGUACAAAUGAGCCACACUCAUACUAACCCUGUUUUGGUUUUUCUGCCUGGUUGCAUAGUUUAAUUGGUAUCAAAGCAGUGUGGCCACAUGUUGAGACAAGGAAGGUACACACAGUUGAGUAUAAGAGGGCCAAUUAUUACAGGAGUGAACUGUGUGGCCUUGUGUAGAUCUGUUUUUUACACAUAUAUUAUAUCCUCAGGAGAGGCUGUGCUUAGAUUUCCUGAUUUCUGGUGUUAAAGUUUCUUACCAAGGCGUUGGAACAAAGUCGAAUAGUGUAAAUGCCUUUUUCUUCUCAAUAAUGGAAGCCCAGAUGACUGGGGUUGCGACUAAUCCAGAUGAUAUUCGUAAACUUCUAAAGAUGCGCCCGUUCACUUUAGCCUUUGGGGUAGUAAAGUUACUUUUAUAAGGUCUUUUAUUUAUUUGCUAUCUUUAUUUAUAUUGUUUUAUGUUUUUACGUGUUUUAUGCUUGUGUUGUUUUAUAGCUUUUAUUGUUUUUUAUUGUUUCUGACUAUUUUAUUGUAAAGCACUUUGGUAGUCCACUGGCUGUUUCAUAUGUGCUAUAUAAAUAAUGCUGACAUUGACAUUGACAAACCUCGGUAUCAUCAUGAGCUGCAGUCUACCUUAGCUUUUUAACAUCUCUCAGCCCAUCAUUUUGGUUUUGUGGUGUGUUGCUUUACGGAUAGUGAAGUUCUGAUGUUUCUGAGCUCCAGGAUGAACACCGAAGGACACUGGGCAUUAAAGUUGACGAAAUGUAGGAUUUCCAAAGAUCAUGUGAACAUAUCUCUUCAGAAUUUUGUUUAUUUGCAGCUAAAAUUGUGCUUCUUUCUGCUUGCUGUGUAUCUCUUCGCUAUCUAGGACAGCCACUGAAUCACUCGGUCUCCUUAUUCACAGGACGGCAAAUGCUGACAUUUGUCUGUUGUAGGUUUAUUGUAGACGAACAGAGGGGAGAAAGACAAUAAAUUUACCUGGUCCGUUGAGCAGUUACAGGACGCUGACGGAACAAGCUCAAUACGGAUUCUUUGGGUUUUUGGCUUUAAGGUCUUUGCUACAUUGCUAGCAGAGUACUGUUGAGUGCCGAUUGCUAACUGGUCAGUAUGUAGCUGAUGCAUGCUGUUCUUGAUGAUUACACAGUAAAAAUAGUCCAAAAUAACCACAAAUAUUGUUUAAUGCAUUGCAUGUCUUGUAUGCAUGAGAGACUCAUGAUGCCUGGUGUUUACUUUGUUGGUGAUCUAGUAAAAGUAAGGACCAUGACUCAAGAGAAGUUAUGUAGAUGAGUCGCUGUACUGUUUUUGAGUUUAAGAAUGUCACUGUGUGAUCUUGCUCCCCAUCCAUUUUAGGCUUGGAGUUAUAAAUGAACCACACAUUAGGUUUAAUUGUGUAAUUGUUUGUUUUCACUGUGGAAAUUUCCAAUCAUGAGUUGUAUCUGAAAGUCUGUUAAUGAAACGAACAAGCAACUAUUUCCUCAAGAAAUUGUGAGGAAGCUUUUUAACUCUUUGGGCAUGGGUGGGCAGCAGUUUAUGUAACAGCCACUCCUCUUCUUGAGUUGUUGAGUGCCUGAGAAUGUUUUUAAUUGAGCCAAUGUGAGAGAGGUCUAAAAGCUGCAGCUCUGUGACAGCCUGAGGGUAUUGGGGGAGCCUGGGCACAUUCCUCCACUCUCUUUAAACUAGAUACUUAGAGACUGAUAGACAGAUCCACUCUGCCACACAGAUGCUUUCAAGGACUGAUAACACUGCCCCAGGCCAGAGUCGGGGAUUUCAACAGCAUACAUUAGGCCAAUACGGCUUAUUGAUGCAGCAGCAGAAGCCCAGUGGAAACAAUUUCUGAGAGCUGAAUUUGACGGAGGAACUCACAAAACCCAUUUCCACUGUGUUCGUGAGCUUUAGCAUUCCCAGGCUCUGCAUCUGAUCAAGUGUGAAUCUUUGGGCAGCGUGGCUGUUUCAUAGAAGUUCACAUUUUUGUAUGUAGAGCAUUCCAGUCCUUUCCCCUUAACCCUUACCCUGUCCAACUUGGUUUUCUGGUCAGAAAAUUGCGGUCAUAUUUUAGAUGUUGUCUCACUUGAAGAGUUUGAAGUUUUCCACUUGGGCACUGAGAGGUUUCAAGUACUAACAGAUGUGGUUACUCCAUCUUUCUUAUUGGGAGGGGGGGUCCCUCCAAAUCCAAGCUGGCAGUCAAGAGUGGAUAUUUUACCAUUUUCAUCAGGCCCACUACACUUUCUUAUAAUUAGAAAAUGUAUCAUCUUUUAUGAACAUUUCAUCUCUCAUACAAACUUUAAUGCAGCUUUUAUGUCCUCUGUCUUCACACAGGCCUGGAUGCUGAGCUUUACUACGUUCGAGACAGUAUGGUGAAUCAUUACGCUCUCUCUUUCACCCUGCCGGUGCCCCACGAGACCAACAGCCUCCACUUCACAUGGCAUUCCAAGACAAAGGUAAGUUUCAGCUCGGGUGAUUCGUCGGUUCAGUACAUGCUUACAAACAUGCCAGGCAAUCUGAAAAGCUCAACACCUUUGUUUAUCAUUUUUCAUUUUUAGGUUGACUACCGGCUUGGCUUCCACAUAGAGAACCCAAACACCAUGAACCAACCACGGACCAACAUCUCCAUGCAGGGGGAGGUGCCCCGUGUUCCCUCUGGUUUGUCAAAUAUGCUCUUUCACUUUUAUCACUUACUGUAUGCUUCCAACGCCUUUCAUUCAACAAGAUGAAAGAUGCUGUGAAAGGAUUACAGUUGUUUGCUGGAACUUAACAAUGCAGCAAAUCUUUGAGCAUGGUUCUCGCUUCCACAAUCUUCAUAGGAGAAGUUUGGCACCUUUUGGUGAUUGGACUUUUUCUGGCCAGCUGAGAUGUUUGUGAGAGACUAAAGAGCACUUUCACAAAUGGCCUCAAAUAUAUAGUGUUGGAACCAGUGGAUUAGCUUAGUAUAGAAACAAAAAAAAAAAAAAAACAUGGUCCAUCUUCUGUCCACUCCCUGUCCAAAGCCAAAGGUAACCCAAUAUGUUUCCCAGUAUCUUAAAGUUCACCCUCUGUUCAUAUUUAAAGAAGGGGGUAUUAUGCUUUUUUUUAGACUCUAUAAUUCCUUUCUGAUUCCUCUUUAGUGGCUUUACAUAGUUUUUAGAUCAAAAUAGCCUCAAAUUUCUCACAGUGGUGUAUUCAAAUAUCAUUGUUUAAGCUUCCAUCUAUAACGCCUCGUUUUAGAUGCUGUCCCAUUGAGCUCUAGAGCCAGAUGUUUUGGCCCCUGAUCCCUCUAAUGUGGCCAAUCAGCUGAGAAGCAGAGAAGCAGAGAAGCAUAACCGUAUAGACAUCAUAUAUACAUAUGUAUUGUGUGUAUUAUGUCUAUGGUUAUCCCGCUCCGCUGUGGGUGUCACCUCACUUGCCGUUCCACUUUGUCUUGCAUUUUCCCACGUUUGUCUUAGAUUUGAGCGGCUUACAUCUACUUUCUUGAUUAUGACAAAAUAGGUUUACCCCGUGAUUUGAAACUUUGCAUAUGUCUCGUAUGGACACUAAACUUUGUCACUUUGCAUUUUUUAUUGUAAAUUUGGGAAAGCAUGAUACCCCCUUUAAAAAUAAGAUCAACUAAACAAAUCUAACAAUGUGCUUAAAUUUGCCUUAAACGUUCCCCUGGGGAAUUAAUUUCUGGCUGUUAUAUAGAAUGUCACUCUGGGUCUGUACUCCAGAUGUUUUAAAACAAACAAACAAACAAACCAAAAAGAUCCACAGCACAAGCUCUCGGUGAUGACUGAGCUGCAUGCAGCAUUGUCUAAAUUCACAAUUCUGAUAACUUUAGAGGGGAAGUGAAAGAAAUAUUGAGUGGUGAGUAUCUAAUCAGUAUAAAUCACUGACUCGAUGCAUCUCCAUCUUGUGAUUCCUGCAGUAGAUUGAACAAUACUCUACUCAUCACAGGAAUUUUCUCCUAAUAACAUUUGUGUCUCAACAGUGUUUAGAGUGGACCUCUUCUGUUCCGGCAAAGUAGAUGGAGAGGCUGUUUUAACCGUACAGCUCAAUCUGACCAUGCAUGCCAACAACUAUACAGUGCUCAACUUCAAGAGGAGGAAAAUGUGCCACAAAAGUAAGUAUCUCAAUAAUCAGGAAACAAUCAUGACUAAUUCUGGCAGAAAAAUAGUGAAGCUCUAGGAAACGUUUCAGCUGAUUUUCAUGCACUUAUAAACCUUCCCUCUCCUCCAUAUUAUGUCAUAUCAGGGAACCUUUAGGUAAAAUCAAUAGCAGUGAUAUUUUGUAGACAUUAGGAGUGAUCUUAUUUGCUCGACUAAGUGAUUAGAUGUGUACACCACAAUCACAGUUUUUGAUUGUUGUGAGCCUGAAAUGCCAGUACCUUGUUUUAUCUAAGCUGUAGUGCAACUGCUGGCUUGGACUGAAGCUCCACUUAGUGUCUAAUGCUAUAAUGCCCAACCACCUGGAUACAAACAAACACAGAUGACAAGGUAGCAUCGGCGGUUUUGCAGUAUUUAGAUCCAGAAAUGAGGAUUAAGGUGUACAUACAUAAGCAGUGUCUGGUACCUGACUGGAGCAAAAUGUAGCCAUAAGAGGCAUGUGGAAGUGCACCCACAAAGGUGGUGCUAUUUCUGCUAGUAUAACCUUAAAGUGUUUUUUUUUUAGGUUUAGAGAAGUCUGUUUGUUGAAGUAUCAUUGUAAAGUAAAAGAAAAUAAGUCUAACUAUCCCUCAAAGAGUUGUAUUCUGUAGAUUACAGAGAGAAAUGUAUUGGUCUUUGUAUUUUGUGUUCAGUCUGCUCUGUUCUCAAACAGCCUGAGGAUAACUGCAUGUAGCCCAGAGGUUUUCUGCUGUACCUUCAAUGGAAAGAAACUUAUUCCCAUCUUAUUUUGAGCCUGACUGGAAUUUGCAACCACAAAAGAUCUUUUGUGUAGCUAAGAGGUGGUUUAAAUGUAUGCAGAGGAAAUCAAAACUUUGAACUGAAACCCCUUUUAAUGUGCAUUUCAUAGUAGUGUGCAGACAGGGUUUUAAGCUUACUUGUGUUUGUUUAAGGACUUUUGUGAUGUUCUCAAAAUGGAUUUUUGACCAUAAACCACACAAAGUCUCAGGCAGUCCUUUCAUGCAAGCAAGGAAACAUUUGAGUAAUUGAUGUUGUAUAAUAUGCACAGUAGACAAUGUACAAUAGGUUACACUAAGUAUGAUCCGAUAGCUUGUAUGAAGGCCCAUCGAAUAAUUCAUUUACAGAAUUGCAAUUAAUCACUAAAUUGCAAUGGUUUACUCUGAUUAUUUGUAUUCUUAUUCACUUUCAAGUCCCAUUAUUUACCCUGAACAGUUUUUAAUCAAUUUUAACAAUGUAAAACAAUGUUUACCAGUGUCUUGAAGCAAACAAAAGAAUUAGAAUACUUUAUGAUCUUGACUUUUAGCUGCAAUGUUAAGUCAAUUCUGCACCACGACACCAGUGUGGUAUAAAACCACGAUUAAGAGGUAGGUGACUGUUCACAAGAUACUAACCCUGGGUGUCCCUGGGUGUCCAGAUCUUCCAUGUUGACUGACCUGCAGUCAGUUGCCACCCAUUUAGCAAGCACUUUCAUUAAUUUAGUUUGAUCCACACUUCUGUGGCAAUGUGCACACCCCGGAAAAGUGCUUUGCAAACUUACAUGAUGAGGUUUCCAGCUGACGGUCUGAUUAACUGCACCUGUAUGCGUAACUCAAAAUACUUUGUUCAAUUUUAAAUCCUGUUUGACACAAAGUUACAGCACACUAGACUUGUGAGUUUUUAAAGGCUUAAUUAGCCAUUUUACAGGGCAAUGUUGUUUUGUUCCAUUAUAAUGACAGUAGGAAGCAGAAAAAUGCUGCUGUAGCUAAGUCAUUGUGUGACGAAAUGGACGAAAUAGCAGGAAGUAAAAAAUAUUAAUAUUUUAAUGUCAAACCAUAAUCACAUCAAGAUUUAUGUGGUAUUUAUUUUGUAUUUGAUCUCAUUUCGUUCCAUAAGACCCAAUUGCAUCUCUAUGCAUUAUUUCAUUCUGUGUCGUGAAGACUGUGGCUCCUUAAAUGAAGUCCCCUAAUUUACUCUCGACCUAAUGGUUGUGUCUUUUUGUUGUCUUUCAACAGGAAUAGAGUCUGACCCCAAGAUUGCCAUUCCCCUCAACAAUAACACUCAUCUGACUAACUGUAAGUACUCCUGCGUCUGCAUCCUGCUCUGCUUCUCCCUCUCUUGCAGCUCAAUUUUUUGUCUUUCAAUAGUAGCAUCAUUCUGAUAAGACAGAGGCUGGAUUAUUCCUGAAUAGUCUCUCUGUUUAGCAGUGCACAUUAGUCAAACUUUCAUAACUGCAGGAUAUGAUUACAGAGGCUAAAGAGAGGGAGGCAUUCCCCUAUUGAGUAGCACCCUCUCAGCCCCCUCCACUUUGAAAUGGUGGUCCUCUUCCAGUGGCAUUUAUUCAGGGUCUUUUGUGAGCUCAAUGCCACCAGUAACAAAGUACCAUUAGUGGGUUGUCUCUCUUCUGCUUGGGUAGGCCUGAGGAACCUGGGGCCCUCAGAGGCUUUUAAAUAGGUGAUGAGAAAAGCUCUCAGACACUGGAUCCUGGGCACAGUUCUUGCUAUUCCAGGCCUCCAUUAAUGCUAAGUGGAGCCUUAGGUGCACUUGUAGUUUGUCCUUGCUCUCACUCAUGUAUGCCUCUAAUUACUUUAGUAGAAAUAGGAGUAUUUCACUUCAGAUUCUUUCAUAAUAGUGUACCUCUUUGAAGCGUCUUCUAACAAGAAUGGUAUUGUGUAUGAAGUUGCUCUAUUUUUCCUCUCCCUUUUUGUUGAUACGUGUUUUCGUUUUUUAUCUAAUCAGUUGAUGGUGUGACUGCACCCACCACCUCCACCCAGGUGUUCUACAUUAGCGUGAGUGUCUGCUGCAUUGUCAUCUUCCUGGUGGCUAUCAUCCUUGCCAUCCUGCACCUGCACAGCAUGAAAAGAGUGGAGAUGGAGGACAGGUUUGUGUCUUUAGUUUUUCCACCUUUCAAGCAGCCAUUGAGUUAUUUCCAGGAAGGAAAUCACAUUUUACAGAGAAACCAAUUGAAAGGAGCACACAGCACCAUACUUUUACAGCCGUCUAGCAGUCUAGUGUGGAAGUUCUAUCAAUAUUUUCUUUGGAAAACCUCUGUGUCAAUAAAAGAAAAACAGCCUGCUUCACAAAGAGGGUAACAUCAAGUCAAAACCUGCAUUUUCAGUUCCACUUUAGUUCAAGCUAAAGGUAGCUGUGAAGGUUAUCUGAUGUAGAUCUCAAAUAAGAACAGUACUUUUUCCCCUAAACAGUAGCUAUCUGAACAGUUGAAAUUCUGGAUGUUAUACAAGUUUUUGCCAAAGUGGCAUUUUUUCCAAAGUGGCUAAAUGUGACCACAUUGCAAGCUGAGAUCCAUAUUUUUUGCAAAAUAAUUUUUGUUAAUUUGUAAAUCACAAAUCCUUUCUUCACAAAACCCCUCCAGUUUUUGAUGAACAUCAAAAUCAUGUCAGGGUAUUUCUGUAAAAGGCCUGUUGGUCAGAUGAACAAUCCAUUUGUUGAUCAACACAAAUACUACAUUCAAAAGCAAAACACAUUUUAACCAGCUCCUCAAAGGAAAAUACUUCCUCUUGAUAGUCUUUUGGUAUAGUAAACAGAAUAUCUAUGGGUUGUGAGCAGAGUUCCAAAGAACUUUUUUAAUCACUGGCAGAUAGACCAAAAAUUCAAAAAGCAUGUUUCUCACUGGUCAAAAUAAUGAAUAGAGUUUCUGUGUGCAUUUAAGUUAUGGUACAUUUAGGCCUGUCACGAUAACAAAUUUUGCUGGACGAUAAUUGUGCUACAAAUUAUCGCCGAUAAACGAUAUUAUUGACACCGUUUUUUAAAUUAUAGAUAAUGAUAUUAUAUGGCAUAAUAAUGCGAGUACACCAUGUCAAAAGUGAUAAACUUUAAUUUCCACACGAGAACAACACUGGUUGUUUUCGUUGACUAAAAUAUUUCCCUUUUCUCCCACGACGAAGACGUAACGUUGACGAGCUAAACAGAAGUUGGACAUGACUAAAAUGUGACGAGACGAAAGUGCGUUUACGUUGAUGGGACGAGACGAAAAUGACGAACAGAGUUGCAAAACUCAGUCAGUGAAACGCUAAACAGACAGGAGCAGCUUCAGUCCGCUCUGACAGCUCUCAUCAGCCUGCUGUGCUCCUCCAACACACAGACACACACGCACGCGUGCGCGCACACACACGUGGAGUUUUGUGGUUGACGAAAACAAAACUGGUUUAAAGCCGAAAUAUUCCCACACUUGGGCUGUUGCGUUCGGUUUAGACACCAAAGCUGUCGUGUUCAUUCUGUUAGCUUGCUUUUCACUCACGACGCUCACUUGCAGCACUGUAUCCAAAAAGUCUGUGUCUGUGUGCCUGUGCGCGCCAGCCCCCUCGUGACAAAGAUACUGAAUGACUGACAGGAGGGUUCACUAACUCCGUUCAUUCCGAUAUAGAGCCAACGCCCCCAGGUGCCGAGAACAAUGCGCAGAGUGAGACCUCUUCUCUCAUCCAGCGUGUUUGGUAGCGAAAGCGGUGGAAAACAAACACACGUCAAUUAUCGAGGCUGGCAAAGUUAUCGACCUCGUUUUUAAUUAUCGAGCGAUAAGGCGAUUUAUUGAUUAUCGCGACAGGCCUAGGUACAUUUCAUUGAGAUGAUAAUAUGUUGAACACCAAAGAGCUCAGAGCAAAAACUGCGGCCAAAUUCAGUUCUGAUAUCAAUUGUUUACAUAAUCCUGAUCCCAUUAAAGACAAAAAAUUCCAGCAUGGUAGCCGAUGUGAAAGUUAACAGCGUCACGUUCUUGAUUGUGCAAAUGCAGAAGUGUACAGUUGUGUCAGUAUGUAUCCCUGUUACUCCAACAUACAGACAGCAGAGGGAGAUAACCUCUAAACCAAAGUGUGUUUAAACCUGUGCGCUUUUUUCUAAAUAACAUUAUAGUUUUGUUCUUAACAUUCACAGGCACUGUGGUGUAUCACCCUCUAAAUUAAAAUCUGUUUGCACUGGGGGCUUGUAUGUGUACAUUUCAAACUCUGUCUCGAGCCAGUGUCUGGCCCAGAAGGGACAUGUGAAGAUGAUGACUUGGCCCCCCUGGGAAACUGUAGUACUCAGCACAAAGAAAGUAUUUGUUAAUGAGUCAAUUCCAAUCUCAUUAAACAGCAAUGAAACUAUUUUUAAGUUGAAGACCUUCAACCUCUGAGACAGUCUGCUAUUAAGCCAAAUAUUCUGUUGGCAUGUAUGAGCUUGUUGAAUCAGCUGUUUGUACCAUUAAAUUUAGCCAUAUUAUAACAUUUGUAUUAAGAACGUAGAAAUUUACACAUUACUAAGUUUGCACGUUACACCACACAUACUCUAGUUUUAAUGAAGUUUAGUUAUAGUCACACAUUAACACUUUCUAAAAUUAGUCAAGCUGUUGCAUAGCUUACAAACAAACCAACAACAAAGUGAAAUGUUUAAAAUUUACAUCAUCAGAGGUCAAAUCACAGGACAUCAAGUUAAGACAGACUUUUAGUUCUACAGGGGAUUGAUUCUCAUUUCAACUUUAUAAUGCUCAGUUACUUCUCAUAUUGAUCAACUCAUGUAACAAGUUCAAGCUGGAGUACUUUGAUAUUUGCUUUUACUCUUUUUUAAGUACAGCAGGUGAGCUUUUAUUGUCUAGGUUUUUUUUUUAUUUUUUGCAAAUAUUCACUUACUUUGAAUUUGGUGCCUGCAACAUGUUCCAAAAAAGCCUGGACAGGCUCAGCAAAAGACUGAGAAAAGUAGAAGAGUGAAGCUUAUAGACUGGUCUGCCUGCAGUCCAGAUCUGUCCGAAAAUGUGAGGAGCAUUAUGAAGUGCAAAAUACCACAACAGAGACCCCAGACUGUUGCACGGCUGAAGGAAGAGUGGGAAAGAAUUCACCUCCAAAGCUUCAACAGUCAGUGUCCUCAGUUCCCCAAUACUUAUUGAGUGUUGUUAAAGGAAAGAUGAUGUAACACAGAAAGGUGAACAUCACCCUGUCCCAACUUUUUAGUAAUGUGUUGCAGUAAUCAAAUUCAAAAUAAGUGAUCAUUUGCAAAAAAUAAUUAGGUUUAUCAGUUUGGACAUCUAACAUCUUGUCUUUGUAGUGAACUCAACUCAGUAUAGGUCAAAAAGAUUUGCAAAUCAUUGUGUUCUGUUUUUAAUUAGGUUUCAUACAAUGACCUAACUUCACUGGAAUUGGGGUUUGUACGAUAAAUAAAGUAAUAGAUGUUUAAGGUAUAUAGUCUUACUGUUGAAGACUAGAAUCGAAAACCAAGAAAAUACAGGAGCUAAAAAAAUGUAUGGCAAUGACAUCCAGACGCAAAAAGUUAAAGUUAAAGCAAUAAAGCUGGCAAAUUUGGCAAGUUAAUGCCAACAGAGAUUUAAAAAAGGAAAAAAAAACUCUUGCAUGCCCUUUAGAGACUUCGACUUCAAAGUUUUUCAAACAGGCCACUGAAAGAGAAACAACAUCAGCAAAAAGAGAAGCUUUAAUUAUAACAGCACAUGCAGAAACCGUUACAGUGCAGUGGUUCUUAAUAAAAAUAGGAAUGAAAAUAAUUUGUAAAUAAAAUUCAAUAAAGUGCGGUUACUUUGGAGCAUAAAUACUGAGGGCUGCUCAUACAUGUUUGAUUCUGACUCUGGGGAUGGAAAGCAGACGGCCACCAGAGCAGACUGGGUGGUUUGUUCUGUCUGAGAAGAUCAUUGUGGUAUUUUGGCCCUAAACCAUUCAGUACCAAGACAGUGAAGACUUCAAACUGCAAUAAUGUGAUCCACUGUCUUGUUUUCAGUGAGUUAAAAUCAGUUUAUCACUCAGGCUGGAAAACAUAUCAAGAAAUACAGGGAAGCCCGUGAUGCUGCAGUGAUUUAUUGAUAGUUUAUUUUUUUGAUUAAACAGUGUUGCAGAUGUUUCCUACAGAUUUAUACAGAACCAAGACCAAACAGUGCAGCCGGAUGUAUGAAAUUGGAAAGACUCUGUAAACACCUAAAAAUGGAUUUAACAACUGCUGGAGAAACUCAGUCUGAAUGUCUCUCAAUCUUUACUCUUCUCGUCUGUUUUUUUUUCUUAUUUUUCAGUGUAAGUGACAGUGGAAGCUCACAGGGCCUGUCUCAGCCAUCCACCCAGACCACACAGUACCUGAGGGCUGACACUCCAAACAACGCAGCUCCUGUCACCAGUAAGAUAUCUCAGUAACCCAAAGGCAAUCAGAAAUGAGCUCAAACAGCAGAUUUUGUUCCAGAUUUAAAAAAUCUUAGACACUUUUGUGGACCUCCCAGAUGGCAUCUAGCAACGUUUCAGCACAUUCAGCCUGAUUUAAUCUCCCGUGGUUGCUCUGUUUGUCCCCUCAUACUGGCAUCCACCAGUUUGCAUUCUUUUCCAAAUGCAAUAAUGGACUGUGAAUGACCCUUUAAUUUAACAAGUAUCAUAAGAUUGUAAUGUAGAGCAGAGUUCCUGCUGGUUUUUUCCCUUUCUUUUUGUUCCUACUCCCCUUGUGACCCAAUCCUGUCCGACCAACGUGUAAAUGUACUUAGAGUGUGUUUUGUAUCAGGCCAGCUGUCCAGCAUUUAGACAAGUACAAGCAGCCUUUUAUAUUUGAACUGGCAAGAACAGAUCUAAUCUAAAUUGAUGUAAUUUUAGAACACGAUGGGAAAUACUGACACACAUUAACAAGGUUAACUUAAAACCAACCUACAACCUACCUCGGUCCUGCAUUACUCUUUUCAGUACUCUGGAAGUAAUGGGGCCAUUAAAUGACACUUUUGGGUUUCCUGGGGUCUAAGAGUUUAUGUGAGGCUGACUAUUGUACAAAUGUUGAAUUGUAACCACUCCCAUGUCUUUUAAAUCUUAUCAAUGCUUGGGGAUUUUUGGAUGGUUUAAGCAGAUCAGUGAAGACUUUCUUUGGGCAGAAUUGUACUUAAAGCUUUCCCCUAUAGUCUGUCUUUUUGCAAAGCCAAGCUCAGCCUCUCAGAUCUGUAAAAGGGAACAUUUCAGGAAGUAUGGGUAUUUUUCUUGCUAAGAAUCUGAUGAGAGGAAUGAUAUGGUCCUCAUAUCUAGCAAGUAGCUGUUGUGUAAGCUCUGCACGAAGAUCAAAUGAGGGGAAACAGGCAGCGCGGCUGUUUGGUGUAAACAAUUUUUUUUCACAAGAAUCUCUAAAGAUUACACUUUGAUUUAUUUUAAAGAUCUACCAUACAUUUUUUCUCACUGCAUCUUUGGAAAAAUUGAAAAUGAACCAUUGAUUAUUCAAAAAAAGGCCUUUUCUCGUGACAAAAAACAUGCAAAGUUAGUCCCCCCCCCCCUCCUCGUGAAUCACAUUGCUCUGUUUUCCACAGCAACUCUAUGCAUGUAACUGACUGGUGUAGCUACAGAACAAAAAGAGGCAUACAUGCUGUUUAAUGUGCUGGUAUCAACAUGCAGAGUGGGUUCAUAAGAGUAUCUCCAGAUAUUAAGUCAAACAGAACAAGCAGAGAUUGAGCCAUUGCGAGGAUGUGUCACAUGGCUGUAGCCUCAGCUAAGUGACCUCAUCUGCCUGAACACCUUUAGCCAGUGGGUUGGCAUUGAAACAUGCUUUAAAUAAGAACACCCUCCUGAGGCACCAAUACCAUAGCAGUCUAAGCCUGCCCCAUAUACAUAGGUCACAGUCCUUGACACAGCAGCCGCUGCUUUGACUCUCGACCAUGUUACAUGUUUGCUGCCCUACUCUCUACUCUCCACAUUCUCUGUCUUUCUUCAGCUGUCUUAUCAAUAAAGGCAAAGAUGAAGAAAAAAAAACUAACUUAAAGAAACAAACACCCUGAUUGCAUGACUGUAAUGUGUGAUCAGAUAACUAGGUCGAAAUUCACUAAAAAAGACACAGCACAGCGGAGCAUAUCCUUGACAAUUGAUUACUUUGUUUUUUUUAUAGUUCUGGUCAUUUUUGCCUUUGGUAGACAGGGGAGCUGAAGAGAGAUGGAAAACAGGGGUGGAGAGUGAGAGAGAGGGAAGACAUGCAGCAAAGGGUUGAGGCCUGGACCAACAACAGCUGUGACGAGGACUCUAGCCUGUAUGCCUGGUGUACCUAAACUGCUAGCUAGGCUAUCAGCACCUCGUUAACUCAAUAUUUGAUACAUUUUUAUCUUCCCUACUCUAUACUUCAACAUAACACCUAUCAUAAUGCCACAUUUGUCUGCUAGUGUGUAGUUUUACGUUGUGUCAUUGUGUUGCUGAGGCCUAAGAGAGUUGUGUGACAUUUACAUUGACAACAAAGUGUAACAGUGAGCUAUCAGUCCUGUCUUGUACAGGCUAUGUGAAAGGUGAGUUACUUGGUGUCGAACAACAGGAAUAUCACAGUAUCUUUCUUUCUCUGAGUAUUUCCACCAUGGACCUUUAUGAAAGAAGUCUUCUUGAACCAUGUGCCUCACUUUGACAGUAAUUUGUCAGGCAUGUAGCUAACAGACAUCUGUUUAUAUAGAGAAUAGUAAACCGAUGAGGAGAUCACAUUUUUGACUGGAAUCACCUGCUGAGAUAAGAGCCUCAUUAAUGUGAUCUUGGUGUUUCACAUACCGGCUGUUAAUGUCCAUCAUUGUCUGUGUAUGAUCCUUCGUCGCCCUCUUGUGGAUUCAGCCCACACUUCACCUUGUGUGCAUUAUUUAUAUUUGAGCUACUUGCUUUUCCUUUAUGCUUUGCUGAUUGUGAUUUCGCACCACCAUCCAUUGCAUUAAUUUUACCCAACUCUUGAUGGACAGCUCCACUUGACUUGCAAACAUGACGUGUUUGAUGGUUUUUGUUUUUGAAUGCAGUCAAAUUCAUCAGAGGACAUGUUGUAAGUCAAGUGAGAAGUCCAUUAAAUCACAUCUUUCUCUCUCUCUCUCACCCUCCCUCCCUCCCUUCCUUUACUCCCCCCUCCAUCUCCUCCUCCUCCUCCUCCUCCUUUUCCUCUUGUUAUCAGACAAUCACCCUGGUUCUGCACCCAUCCUCCAGCUUGCUGCCUCCUCCUUCCAAAACCCUGGUGCUCCCCCUCAUGAAACCAAAAGUAAGUUCCAGUGAAACUCCAGAGACAGCUUGAUAUUUCUGACUAUAGCACCACUUCUUGAAGUGUUUUGUCUGUAGUGGUUUCAAACUUACACUGCUUGGAUGGAAAAAAUACAGGGUUUCAAUUCUAGUGAUGUUAAGAAGCCACCGAAUAUCUGGUUGUGGAAUAGAAACUGUAAUUUAACUUGUCAGCUGGUAUAAAGAUAAAAAAACAUCCAGAAAACAGAGCAUCUGUACCUUGAAGAUGUUCAGCUCUUUUCAAAUAACAGAUAAUAUAAAAUGUUACCCACAGUUCUGAACAUAUAAUGAGCAUUUCCACUGUUUUUUAUUUUUAAUUUUUGAGUCUGAGCAAUUCAUUGUUGAAUCUAAAAUAUGAUAAUAAAUUAAUAGCUCAAGUAUAGUAAGCAUGAAUCACAAGCUAGAAAGCUGACUCAUCAUUCAUGGCGCUAGAUUAGAACUACUGUGAAUAACUAAAAAGAUGUCAAUGUUUCAAUGUGUCAUUGAAGCUGUCAGACAAAGGUGUAUCUCAUUAAAUUAGAAUAGAAGAAAAUAGUGGUAUUAUCUUAAUUAUUCAUUCAAAAGUGAAAUCUUUCAAAUCUAUUUUUGUGUUAAUUACACUUUGGACUUUAGUGAAAAUCAGAAAUCCAGUUCCUCAUGAUGAGAAUAUUCCCUUAACAUCAAUGAGGAAAAAAAAGAAAUAAAGAAAUAGACUUCAAACUUUUCACCCGAUCUACCACAAUUAUUACAAAUAUUUGAGAUUCUUCCUUUUUGAGUGUAGAAAAUAAAAAAAAGACCUUUGUGAUAUUCUAAUCAAGAGGCAACCUGUAUUUCUGUUCAUUUCAAAUUAAUUUACACAAAAGUUUUCUAAGAUUAUAGAUCAAUUUCUUGGAGAUGAACACAGUCCAGAGUGAAACCCUUUUCAAAAUAAAAAAAAAAAACAGACAUGUAUGUAAUGCUGUUAAGAAUGGAUAGGGGGCAGCAUUGAGCUGUGCUUUAACAGUCUCACUCUUCACUUGACCUGCUACAGCAAAGAUUAAAAACCUCUAAUUCAAGCAAAGUGUCUUAUCAUUUUUUACAUGUGCAAUGUGUGUAUUUAUUAAACCCAGACGAGGUCUUCUGCUUCCUUUCAUAAAUCAAGCUCCAAACUCAGGCUUUCAAUAAAUACAAUACUCACCAAAGCUUUAAAGGACAAGAGAGGGCCAGAGGCACACUCAGUCAUAAAGAAUUCUCUGAUUUUGCUUUCUAUCGAUUUUAUUCACUUUCCAUUUUGUCAACCUUUAUCCAAGCAGCUGGGCAGUGUUUAGUGUCGCUGCAGACACAGGGGGAAAGAAUGUAUUAUCUUCAAUCACUGACAUGCUACGUGCACAUGAAGUGUGAAGGAAUAAAGGAGUCAUGUAUGUUUACACUGUAUGUGCAUUUCUGUACAGGUAGUGUGUACCCACAGGUGUGUUUUUUUGUAUCUAAACUGACUCCUGCCUUAGUCAGCUGACAGUGAGUACACAUGGAUAUUGUGUAAGCGCUGUGCUGUAAUACAGGACAUGAAGUUGUUUUGAUGCAACAUGUAAAGGUCACUGUACACAUUUCACUGAUCACUUUUCUUGUAAGUACUGGAUUUCUCUGAAGUCAAACAAGGAUUCUGUGUACUUUUUAAGACACCUACGUGUUUGUGAAUAUGAAACGUGGGACUGUCAAAAGUGAAGCAAAGCUGAAGUCGCCCCCAGGUGUUUCCUGAUGUAAUUUGGGAUUAAAGACCUGUCAGUCUUCUUUAAAGUGUUUGUUUGCAUUUGGGUCACUUUUGACACCUAAUGCAGCUCUGCAUUAUUCCAUCCACACAGGUUAUCCAUCACUGCGUAUAGAGAAGAACGACCUGAGAAGUGUUACUCUAAUGGAGGCUAAAGCCAAGGUGAAAGACAUCGCCAUCUCAAGGGAGAGAGUCACUCUGCGAGAUGUCUUACAUGAAGGUACUUGUUGUCUCCCCUGUGGGACCUCUUUCUUUAGCUCGGUCUUUUUAACUCUUUCCUUUUUUGCAUUUGUUCUCUUAUGAAAUGUGAAAACAAGAACACACAACUAAAUAAAAAAAAGAAAACUAAAUACACAACACUCACCAAUCACACCAAAAGAAGACAACAGGAGUGUUUGGAGGGGGCUACUUUUGAGCAGUAAACAUGGCAGCCUAAUGCUUGUGCACUUUUUGAGUUAAGUUUUGUGACUUCAUGAAAGUCUGCUAUAAAUCAGCAGGGUUAAAAACUGAUGUUUGAUCUUUUUUUAAUACUGUACACACAUUAACAUGGAGGCAGUGCCUUUACCCUCUAUACAUUAAGACUCAUGUGCAGCACAUAGUUUAUGGCUUGUGCUAAUUUUGUGAAUGUUUUCUCUUUGGGUGUUUACAUGCUGUGAACAGUACAAUGAAAUACACAGGGUUUGGUAUUCUUAAAGUACAUAGAACCACAUCUACUGCUGUCAAGAUUAAAAAAAAAAAUUCAGCCUUAGUUUAAAAAGAUAUUGUUGUCUAAAAUGUUGACAAAGACUAAUUUUAAUGGUUGACAAAUCUUUGAAACCCCGUACUUGGUUGCAAAUGGGGCAAAGACAACAUUUCACAAAUACUGGAGCUGAAAAUGUCCUCAUUUUGAAUUUGAUGAUGACAACAUGUUUCAGAAAAAAUGGGUCUGGGACAGUAAGAAGUAAAGAUGUAAAGAGACUAACCACUCUGGACUGCUCUAGCACACAACGUCAGAAUCAGAGUUGGGCAUGAAAAUCAGAGAUAUUGGGGACCUCAUCAUUUACAGUACAUAACAUCAUCAACAGAUUCUGGAAAUUAGAAAGAAUCCUUGUAUAAAAAGGAUAAGGCUGAAAAGAAAUACUAGUUGGCUGUGAUCCUCAGGCUCUCGAGCAACGCUGUAUUAAAAACAGACAUGACUCUGUAGUGGAAAUCACUGUGUGGGCUCAAAAUUGCUUCGAAAGCCGUAGUCUGUACACUGUUUGUUGCUGCAUUCACAAAUGUAUGUUAAGAUAGUGCUAUGCAAAGGGGAUCCUAUAGAAAAACAUAAUCUUGGAAACUCUUGCAACUUCUGUGGGUCUGAGCCCAUUUAAGAUGGACUGAGGCAAAGUGGAAAAACUGUGUUGCCUAAAGCAUUCAAAUUUGACUUUCAUUUUUGAAAUCAUGAACACUGUACUCUCUGCUCUAGAUGAGACUGAUACUCAUAUCAUCAAUUAUUCAAAAUCAGAAAUGCUGGUGAUAUGUGGAUUCAUAAGUGCCCAUGGCAAGGCCAGCUUACUCAUCUGGGAGGGUACCAUUAAUGCUGAAAAAUACACACAGGUGUUUGAGCAGCUUUUGCUGACCUUCAGAGGAUGCCAAUUUCAAGAAGACCCUGCAUAUUUGAGUACUUAUUUGAGAUGGUGCCAAACCACUUUCUGGACUUACUAGAACAGCAUGGCUCUGCAGUAUAAGAGUCUGGGUGCUAAAACAGCCUGCCUGCAGUCCUAACCUGUCACGCACAAAAGAUUUGGGGCAUCACAAAUCAGAAAGUACAACAAAGGAGACCUUGAACUCCAACAGAUCACUUUCAAACCUGGAACCUGGUCUUCUCAUUUCCCAAAUGUUUUCAGAGUGUUGUCAAAAGAAGAGGUGAUGCAACACAGCGGUAAACUCAUCUCUACUUUUUUUUAAACAUGUUGCUGGCAUCAAAUUUAAGAUGAGCAUAUAUUUUUCUCAAAACAGUGACCUGUUUCAGUUUUGAUAUUUAGUCGUUGAAAUGCAUAUCCGUGUAAAAACUUACAGUAGCUUGGUUUUGUUGUUCAUGUUGUUACACAGAUGAUUAUUACAGCUUAUAUUUAAAUAACAAGGAUAGUAGAUACUGCUCUUUCAAGUAAAUAUGAGAAUAAGCUGUUAGAGGCAGAGGAAAAGCUUUUAAUAAAGCCCUUUAAUGUUUGAAGAGAUAAUAUUAUUUGAAGACCUGUAAUUUUAUUUUAAUGGGUCCAAAACUUUUCUUUGUGCAUGUCCUCUGUUUGGUCUCAUGGGAAAAGAUUUGUGAAAUUAUUAAGAAGUCUCCACCCUGUAAUUAGAGAUGAGAUAAUUUGUCAAAGACAUUGGAAAUGACCGGAGCUAAAGGAGGACAGAGAUGGCAGAUGCUUGAAGUGGCUAGCCAUAAAAGUGCCUCAUUCAGAAUUUGAAUAUAGCUUCUAAUAAUGUUUGAUGGUCUGCAUUAAAAUAUCUUUAAAAUCAUUCCUCUGGAUCUCUGACAGGUCAACAUUAAACUUAAGGAGUUAGAUUGAUAACAUCUACAGCUGUAUGUUAGGCUCCUUUGCAUUGGACAUAUUUUUACUCAGAACAGUAGAGCACAUCAACUCACAGACAAACAUCAUGCAUCCAUGAUGUUUCUUUAUUUAUGUAUUAACAUCCCCGUUCUCUUAAUGUAUGUGUGGCAAAAUGAUUAAAAAAAAAAAAAAACCUAGCAUGGAACUUAAAGGGAUAUUUCAGCCUAAAAUUAAGUUAUGGUCAAACACACCCUAACACCGAGUUAGACACCCCCUUGAGAGAUGAAUGUUGCUGACUGCUUGCUUACCUAGUAAUACAAACUUUAGUAAUGAUUACACAAUAGCAAUACACAACAGUCUAUGUCUCCAUGCGGAAACCUCAACCACAAAGCCACUCUAUAGCCACAAAUAAUGCUCAGAACAGCACCUAACUUCAUCAACAGUACAUAUAGGGUCCCAGCCAUAGUACUAGCCAUCAAACAUCUUUUUAGCUUUGCCUAAUUUCUUUAGCAAAGAGACUAAACACAACUCACUCACUCUCCUCCAGCAGCCACUUGUUUGUGGGGGAGCCCUGACGAGUCGAUCACUGAGUGCAGCGGAGUUUACUUCAUGAAAAUGCAAUCAGACUGAGACGCUAAGGCAGAAGAACUACCGCGUCUGCAGUGCAAAAUGAUUAUUAUGAUGAUUAUUACUUCAUGGAAAUGAUCAGCUGCGCUCAGUGAUCAACUCGUCAGGGCUCCCCCACAAACAAGCGGCUGCUGGAGAAGAGUGGAUGAGUUGUGUUUAGUCUCUUUGCUAAAGAAAUCAGGCAAAGCUAAAAAGAUGUUUGAUGGCUAGUGCUAUGGCUAAGACCCUGUAUGUACUGUUGAUGAAGUUAGGUGCUGUUCUGAGCAUUAUUUGUGGUUAUAGAGUGGCUUUUUGAUUGAGAUUUGCGCGUGGUUCCAUGGACUGCUGCGUAUUGCUAUCGUGCGGUUGUUGCUGGAGUUGGUGUAACUAGAGAAGCAAGCAGUCAGCAACAUUAAUCUCCCGAGGGGGUGUCUAACUCGGUGUUAGGGUGUGUUUGACCCCAAUUUAAAUUUACGGUGGAAUAUCCCUUUAAAUAGCAAGAAAGAGUUCUUGCACAGGAGUAUUACAUACUGAUAGAAAGCUUAAGAUGGCUAGAGCAAAAGCUUUUAAUUUCCCUUAGGGGACCCUCCUAAAAGGAUCAAUAAAGAUCAGUCUAACCGAAUCUAAUCUAAUCUAACAAGUUGAAGUCCCUCAAUCUCUUCCUUUGGUUCCAUAUCAAAGAUAAACUCCACAGCUUGAGCUUUAGCUUGGCUCGAUCAGUCUUUCUCACUAAAGCUAUGGCUGCUUUUGGAGACGGUUUAGUAUCGUCAUGGCGUGAUAGAGCUGAACAAGACUGUACUUUACUUUCUGGAGAUUUGCCCACACUGGGGUUUAGUGGGGCUGUGAGAAUGAUGUAAUAGUUACCCAAGGGUGUCUGUAACACAAAAGAAGAGGAAGGUGUGGGUGUCCUGUUUUUAAAAUGCCACUGAGAGGCUGCCUGUUGGUUUAUGGUCAAUGUUUCUGUCAAAAUAUUGAAUCAGAAUGCAGAAGCAGCUCUCUUUGGUCUUAAUCCUUCUCAAAUAUGACUGUUUACACUACAAUAGCUGCAACUUGGACCCCGUAAUCUCAGGGAUGUGUUCAAAUUUGUCUUUGUCAGAUAUGUGGCUUUAAAAUAGAAAUGCUGAAUAGUAAAUCUACUUCUUUCCAGACUUAGAUAUCUCAAUGCUCACUGGAAUGAUUUAACAUUUUGGUAUUUAUUGUUUUGGGCUCAUUUGUUUGUUUUAGCUGACAGGAACACUAACAGACAAAGCUAACAUAAUUAAUUAUUCUACAUUGGAACUGUUGUUGGCAGCAGGUGAACAUUUUGACCUCAGUGUUUUUUUAUUCUAAGCAGGAAAAAUUGGUGACUUGAAUGACCUCAACAAAGGCCAGUUGUGUUUGCCAGACGACUGAGUCAAAGCAUGUCCAAAAUUGCAGCUUUUUUAGGGUGUUCCAGUGUGCAAGGUUUUGCGCCUACCAAAAGGGGCCAAAGGUAGGGAAACCAUUGAACCAGCAGCAGGUUUAUAGAGAGCCGAGGCUCACUGAUGUGGAGAGUGAAGGCUGGUCAGUGUUGUCUGAAAUCACACAGGGGAACUAGUAUAGCUUGCAGAAAAGGUUCAUGCUGGUUCUGGUUUCAGAAAGGUGUCAGAAGAAACUGUGCAUCACAGCUUGUUACAUGUCGGGCUUUGUAACUGCAGGUCAGUCAGACUGCCUCUGCUCUUCUGCUGAAACUACCCCCUGUAAACUUGAGCGCAUCGGAGCUAGGCCAGUGAAAAAAGGCGGCCUGUAGGGACACAACAACUAGCUAGAGGUGUUGACUUGGUCUCCAAAUUCUGUUGAUCUCAGUCUAUAAAGCGCCUUUGGAUGUCCUGAAAAACUGAGUCUGAUCCACAGGGGCCCAUCUUACAACUUUCAGAACCUUAAAAAUCUGCUGCCAAAUCCUUGUUGUCAGUUACUGCAGCAUAGCUUCAGAGGUCCAGUGGAGGUCAGGGCCAAAACAGUCCUAAUCUGAUGAAAGUGAGGCUAGACGAUGAUAAACUGGUAAUGUUAUUACUGAUGGAUAAACUCCUGAUACUUGCUGACACGUGUAUUUGGUGCUAAAUAUAGAAAGAAGGAGGAUGUAAACAGAAACACCUGUUUCUGAUUUUUAUUCUCUAACUGUGCUGCUUGACUGAUAUUGUUUAUCUGGUAAUCAGCAGCAUAAAAUGCUUGAACAUUUUAACUGUUGCCUGACUAGAAAGUCUCAUCAAUCCAUAGUUGUUUCAAACUGGAUUCUUACAGGUAAAAGUUGAGUCUUGUUUAAAUGAAUAACUCUAAGUUUUUACUUUUUUUGCAUUACGCUGUGUUCUAUUAGAUAAUUAAAAUUGAGUCCAUGCUUUAAUGUUUAUCCCUAUAAAGUACAGAGCUCAAACACAUUGUAACUUUACUCCAAACUUGUAUACUGGCAAGUUCAUCAAAGCAAAGAAAGGUAAAGAAUUUAUCAUUAUGAUAAAUGAAGUGCCCAUCCAAGUGUAUUAUCAGUGUAAUUAUUUUCACCAAUUUAUGCAGAAAGGCUGAGUUAUAUGGCUUUAUUAUUAGGAUACUCUACAGCUGUUGGCAGAUAAACACACUGACGUCUGUAUUCAUGUAUAAACCUACCUACCUGUUUUGACUUGAUGUAUACAAAAAGCUAGUCAGGGCAUUUGGGUAUAUUUACUGUGUAUAUGAACACAUCAGAUCCUGCUGAAAGAGAUUUAAAAUAAAACAUUAAAACCAUGCGUAGAAACUACCAAAAACAACCAAAUAUAAGUCGUCCAAGGCCUUUUCUCAGAGGCAGUUGAACUCUGAGUUGGAUGCUGUUUGCUGGGAGCCGGCAGGUCCAGACAGGUUUGAUGGGGAAGGAAGGGGAGGGAGAGAGACACUCACACACUAACCCUGUUGUUAUGCUCUGUCUCCUCUCCUGUUGAAACACAAGGCAGAGAUGGCCUUAGGCUUUAAAUUUUUUCUAAGUUUAUGUUGAUGGUUUAUCUUCUUGAAGCUUAAACAGUAUUUUAGCUCAGUGAAAUCCUGGAGCAACAGGGUGACAGUUUAGACAAAGGAGAUGAUGAACACGCUCACUUUGCCUUUCUACGUCGUGCGUCUUUCUGAAUCAUUUAUGUGAUGAAAGGUCUGUUGAGCUUCAGUGAAUCCUUGCUCUGGCUCAUGUCAGUGAGUCAAGAGCCAAAAGCUGCCUAAUCCCAUUAAGAAACAAAGCAUUUUGAGCUGAGGCCUGUCCACUUCUGUCCACAGAUCAGCCAGGCAUGGCGCCCUGUGAGUGAGGUGGCAUUUAAAUGUGUGAAUGUGAAGCCUCUGGCUGUGUCUCUUCGAGCGUUUUGGUAAAUAAAUGCCUGUGGUUUAUUUUUAACAGGAACAUUUGGCCGCAUCUUCCACGGCGUACUGCUGGAUGAAAAGGACCCCAGUAAAGAAAAGCAGGUCUUUGUAAAGACCGUGAAAGGUAUGUGCUCACUCCACUGUAAGUAAAAGUUCAGAUAACUACAGAUCUUAACUGUAGUAAAAGGAUAGAAAGCAUUGAACAACUAACACUAGCUCGGAUAGCAACACAGAUUAUUAUAAAGACCUGAAUAUGUUGCUGCUGCUGAGCGUUUUCACUUAUCACAUGUGGUACUGUAGUAAAAUAUCUCCCUGUAGCCCAAAAUGUGUUUCCCAAGCGACAGCCAUUCUCAAGUGAUGUUUGUAAAGGGGUUGACAGGAUUUCUCAAACAACAAGAAGGUGAAAAAUGACUCUUCCUGUUAUAGAUUUUGAUCCAUGGAGAUUUUAUUUUGCCAAAACCCACUUGAGCCACUCAAGACAAUAAAAAUCAAUAACAUCAUCAAAAAAUCAAGUUAGUGGGCUGAGUGUAAACUCUGUGGCUGGGCCAUAAAAAAGUACCCUGGAGAGCAAGAAACUUUUUCAUUGUUUGCUUUUGGAAAGUAUUCAUUGUAUCACUAACUAGAUUUCCUCCCCUCAGUGUCCACUUCGUUAAUGAUAGUUAAGAAAUGUGCUUCACUAUUACAAUGAAACUCUGCUUUAAAAGCCAACAGAUUUACCCCAGAACUGAACAGAGGUCAAACUUGACAAGACAUCUGAGAGGUCACUGAAAGGGCAGUCCUACUAUGUCAACUUCACCCUGAUAACAGAGAAGAGUAGUCUAGGAUGUGCCUCUUUUGCCACUUUUCCAUCACAUAGUUUUAGCACUACUUACCUCCGCUCGGUUUUGUUUGUUUCCCAUUACAGUUGAACCACGUCAGUGUGGGUGGGGUUGUCAAGGCAGCCCGAAACUCUCAUGAUGUCAUUUGUAUGUGACAUGAACAUAACCCAAACACACGCUCUCUGAAUGUGGUGGGUUUAAUUGUAGUAGAGUAGCUCUCAUCACUUAUCCAAUUAUAUCACUCUCUAGCCAAUCAGUGGCCUGCAGUCUGCUGACAUCACAUUUUCAGCUUGACUAAACUUAACCUUUGGAACCCUGGCUAAGAAGGAACUACAAAAGCACCUGGCACCAAGUUCUAUCACUUGGUUCUGAUAGAAAACCCUAAACACGAGUUGAGUUGAGUGGAACAGAGUGAUGCUAAUGGAAAAACAUCAUUGAAUUGUUAAAAUAUGAUGUGCCAAUGCAGGAAAUGUGGUUUUUAAGACUUCAAGAGUCGACUUUAAUUAUUUUGCACCUGUAGGCAAAGCUGCUUGUUUUAUGCCAUCUGUGGUUCCAUCCUGGUGAUAAUACACAGCUGAAUACACAGUUGUCAAAGAACUAAACACAUUGCUGAAGAAUGUGUGUUGCAAGUACCCCAGCUUUUAUUUUUAUGUGCUACUCUUUGUUUUCUAGGAAGUCUGUUGGUUUGUAGAGUACACACUGUAGUCGCCAAUGAAUGUCAAUGGGCCAAAACCUGGUUGUGUAAGGCCAACAACUGUGACAAAUGGCUGAGGGUCUUUGCUAACACUUGAGUUGACAGUACAGUUUUUGAUUUAUUCCCUCUUUUGUGAACUCUGUAAAUUGUAAACCAAACACUGCCUUUGAGAUAUAGAGGGUGCUUUUCUAAUGGCUUCAGCAGAUGGUACCAGUCCAGUGAACAUGCACACAAAUUUGUCAGUUAAUAAAUUAUAUGUCUUACUCAUACUGCAGGGUUUGCAUGUUGUUGAAAGAGCUCCUUUAUGUUGGACUGGCGGGUUCUUUGUUAGCAGCUCGUAUCAGCUUUGUCUGCCAGUUGCCUUCUGACCUCUUUUCUGUUUUCUGGUGUUUACUCAGGGAGGGGUGGAUACCAGUCCACGAACAAUAUGCUCAUGCCAGUUCUGAGUUUGUUAGGGUCUUUGCUUCCUCCUCGCGCCUUUUGGGGAAGGGAAAAAUUCCGUUUUCCAAGAGGACCAGAAGAUGGCAAAGCUGCAUACACAGAUCAAAAACUCUGCUUGGCAAAAAAUCUGUUUUUCCCUCCUGAGUUUCUCACUACAAAUGGCUGUUGGCAUGAAAGAGAAAAAAACAGAACUGGACAUGGUGUCUGAGUUUGUCAUAACUAUUGCCUCACCGUAGCAGCCGUUGUACUGCACAGACACACUUGAUUGGCAUCAGUACUCCACUUUCUAACAAGAUUUUGUGUCUAUUAAAACUUUUUAGAUCAUGCAUCUGAGGUGCAGGUGACCAUGAUGUUGACUGAAAGUUGCAAGCUUCGUGGACUUCAUCAUAGGUAAGUGGAAGUCAGUGUUUGUCCAUCCCUCUGUUCUUCCAUAUUUCCAUACAUCCAUACAAAGAUAUUAUCCGUUACAGAGGCAGCUUAGGUCACAAUUUGUUUUUGCUAUAUUCUUGAGUUAUAAUUAUAACAAUUGUAACUUUAUUUAUAAUCAACUUUUCAAAACCAGACUUACAAGAUGCCACACAUAUCAACAUAUAAAUACACCAGCUAAAACAAGGAGGGAAAAUAAAGAACAAACUUAAAAUUCUAAGCAAACACAAUACGAUAGAAAACUGCACUGGGGAAGGAGCAGUCUAACAGUGAACAGACUCCUCUGGUUGAUGAUGGCGGUGUGCAGAGGGUGACUGGCAUCAUCAAUAAUGUCCAGUAAUUUGUCCAUAGUCCUCUUCUCUGCCACCAUCACCAGAGAGUCCAGCUUCAUGCCAACCACAGAGCCAGCUCAUCUGAUCAGUUUUCCAGCCUGGAUGGCAAUGGCAACCAUGGGCUGAUAAAACAUCCACAGGAGUUUUUCUGCAGAUGUUGAAAGACUGCAGCCCCCUCAGGAAGUACAGCCUGCUCAGUCCCUUCCUGUACAGGUGGCCCAUGUUUAAUGUCCAGUCCAGUGUGUUGUCCAAGGUACUUGUAUAAGUCUACAGCCUCCACAUCGACUUUUUGGAUCAGAACUAAUCUUGACUCUUGACUGUGGUCUGGACCUCCCAAAGUCAAUGACAAGCUCCUUGGUCUUUGAGGUGUUGAGGUGCAGAUGGUUCCUGUGGCACCAGACAGCAAAAUCUAAAGUAAAGUAGAGUGACAGACCAGUUAGUGGAAAUGCACACAAUAAAAUAAGAUUUUCAGGUCAUGUGGUCUUUAAAAUCUUGUGUAUAAAAAGUUCAAACAUUGCAAAUAUAUGUUGCUGUCAAACUAUGUAGGGCUUAAAAAACUAGAAUUUAAAAACUGAAGGUGAGCUGGUAACCAGUGGAGAUGAGCAAGAAUGAGAGUGAUGUGCUUGUUUCACUAGAUCAAAUCUGAGCAGCAGCAUUUUGGAUUUUCUGUGGUCAGUCUUUUCCAGUAAUGCAUCACAGCAAUGAAGAUGAAAGCAUAAAAGUCUUUUUCUAAACUUGAAAGGAGAGAAAUGCUCUAACCUUUUGAAAUAAGCCUGGGUUGGAGGAAACAACACUGUACCACUUCGCACCGCCUGUGUUUAAUCAUCAGGCAGGAGUCAAAAAACACUCCAAGAUUUCUGGCCUCUACUCCCACGUACUUUCAAAGUUGACCCAAAGCAGACAAAAAGUCAUGAGUAUCUUUUUGAAAACUAGGCAGAAUCCCUGUAACAAUAUCAGUCUUGGAGUCAUUCACUCUCAGAAUUUUGUUGCGUUUGGGUGUCAUAAAAAUAAUUGUUUAUUUUUUUAUUUUUUUAUUUGUGUAUUGGUUGACCGACAUGCAGAUUACAAAUGGUAGGUCACCUAAAACAGAGCCUUGUGGAACCCCAGAGAACUCCAAAGAUGUGUGAUACUGUAAAAAGAAUCAAGACACCACCUCUUAAGUUUAGUUCGGUUAAAUUGUGCGAGCUCUCUCAGCUCUCACCAUCAGACUUCGUUGUCUCUCUUCCCAGAAAUUGGGCUUCAGCUUGUUUUGUUGAAGCCUUUGUUUGUCAACCUACAAAACAAAUGGUUUCAGAUUGGCUUGUGUGUGCAGUGUAUUGACAUUUAUGUAGAAUUAUUGUGGCAUAAGAUCAGUAGGUAACGGGAAAGAAGAUCAUAAGAGUUCUUGUCCUUCAAAUGUACUUUCAAUGUUUGGAAAGUUGUCGUCAUGAGGUCCCAUUCCUUCCUCUUUCUCUUCUUCUUGAGGUCAGCAAGACAAUAGUAUUUGCUCUACUUCCUCUUUUACAACUUGGAAAUGGUUUGAGUUACCCCGUCAACAUGAUUUCAUCUUCCAAGAAUCUUUUUGUUGUGAAGUAAACCUCAACACAUGGACUGUACAUUGAUAGCCUAGGUGUUGUGUAACACUGUUCCUUUCUCUUCAGAAACCUUCUGCCGAUCAGCCAUGUCUGCACGGAAGAAGGAGAGAAGCCCAUGGUGCUGUUACCAUUCAUGGCCUGGGGGAACCUCAAGUUGUUCCUGCGACAAUGCAAGCUUGCGGAGGCUAACAACCCACAGGUAAGCUUCAACUGGCAGCUAGAAACAGAAGUCACUUAUUAAACCAUUAAAAUAAAAGCCUCAGUGCAAGCUGUGUAUGGAAUCGUAUUGAGACGUUAAGUACACUAUUAAAAUAAAUCCUCUAAAUUGGGAUAGAGUCGAGUGUGAAAGAAGGUUUUGUGUGUUUUCAGCAAUCAACACCACAUAACACCCACCAGUAACUCCUGUUUACACUGUUAUUAGAAAGACUGUUGAUAUAGUCUAGCUGCCGGUGCCCAGGGCCAAGAUUUUUAUUCACUAUGUCAAGACAAUCAGGCUUUUGUACAGGUUAACCUCAGGGAGUCUUUGAUGCGCUUGGCAAAGCCACAUCACAGAUCCAACCAAUCAAUCAACCCCUAAAUACAGAUGUAGCGAACACAAGACGGAGCUUGCCAUCUGUUCGCAUUAAUCAAAACCGCUUUGUCAAGUUCCAGGUUUACGCACCAGCACCUACAUUCUCAGCAAUCUCAUUAUGUAGUUUUGGCAGUUGUACAGGACAAGGACUUAGUCAUUAAAUUGUGCUGGUGCUAUAAACAUCGAGCUAUAAAUCAUAAACAUAUUGGUGCAGGGGAGAUAGUGCUCUCAGGACUGCACAAUACUGCUGUGUUACAUUUAUUGAGAAAGUGAACAUCUGGUUUGGGAAGUAGAACAGUUGGAGGGAAAAAACAGGGUUUGGUACUGACCUUUUCCACAGUUGUCAUAUUUCCACUGGAAACCACCUGUUCAAGUUACAGAGAGUGGUGGAUAUAGAAAAUCUAACUGAAGUGUGUGAUACCAAAGAAAGACUCCUUAGUUUAGCUUGAGGUGUUUGCUAAAAAAUGUUCUAAUCUGAGUUCAUCGUUUGCCAAGACUUGCUUUUCCUGUGUAGUGGGAUGAAUUAAUAAAUGAUGCAUCUGCUCACUGCCAGAUCAGUUUAAACAGACCCAUAUUUUCUGAUGUGUGAGCCAGAGCCUGAGAUUAGCAGCUAGCCGAUGGGAAGUGAAAAACCAGAUUUAUAAAUAUAUGAUGAAUUUGGAGGAAAAGGUAGUCUUUUAAGCUGCAGUCAUGUUUGUAUACACUGACCAGUCAGGGGUCUUUUCUCUGCUCAGUGCUCGGGCUUUUCUCAGACACACCUGCUGGCCCAGCCAUUGUCUGCAGGCCCUUCAGGGGCUCCAUGCAUAAAACAAACAGCUCUCUUUAAUGUCACACUCUGCCUGAAACCAUCCAAGAAAUGGACUGACAGGAAUAUUGCAGAGAGGGUAGAGAAGUUUGUAGCAAGUUCUCUAGUAAAGCUUAUGUGGCACUUCACAUCUCAUGCUAAUUGUGGUUUGUAUGCAGUACCUUAGACAACCUUUGUCAGUCAUAAUAAAGUUACACUCUGGACCCUCCAGGAGAGAUCUGUUGUGUUUUAGUGCUCAGAGCUAAUCUAAGUCACUUUACCUGGACAGCAAGUACAGACAUUAAUGUGAAGAAGAAACCUUCAACCCCUGAUGAGUUCUUUCUUUUUUUCAUGUCAUUUUUUGUUACCUGAUUUCACUUCCACCAUCUGCAGCAACUUCUCCUUACUUUGCAUCUUAGCUAGCAUCUUUGCUAACAGAAUUAUAUUUUCAAUGGAUUGUACUCCUCCCUGCAAGUUGACCAACCCAACAGUACAUUUCUUUGUUUUUUCUAUUACAGUAGUAUCCAUGCUCACUAGAUUGAUUUGGUAAAGCUGUUAUCUGUAGACUUUUAAGACACAGCAUUUAACUACUGACAGUUUUUUUUUUAGGGAACAUUUAAUAUUAAGCCACAAAUGUAAGCAAGGUUUUGCCCAUUUCUCAUCUUUUUUGCUCAAUAGAUAUUUGCAGUAAAAUCAUGGCAACAUAUCAACUCAUUGUUGACCAUCAGACAGGAACACCAACAUAGUGAUACUUCCAAUUUUGCAACUAGACCGGGCAAAAUGAUCAGUUUAUAACUGUUUUCACUUUUUUCCACUUUAUUUUUGCCCACCUUUUUUUUAUAUAUUUAACUGCCUUUGGAAGGAAGUACUGGUGGCUAUUUAAAGGAGUGGUAUUUUCCAGAUGAAUGGCCUUUCACCCUCAUUUUAAGACUGAAAUAGUCCUUGUGUGUGUACCUCCCAUCUCUGUCCUAUAGCUGAAUUUUUCCUGGUUCAAAGGAAACAUGAGCACUCUGACACAGAAGGCCAAUUUCACCUCAGUAAAGUCACGUCAGCUGUUCUUUCUGUCCUUGCUCCCUCCCUUUUUCCGUUUUCAUGUUUUUCCUCUGUUGACUGCUAACUGCACAUUAAAUCUCUCUCUUUUCCUUCUGUCCUUCCAGGCGAUCUCUCAGCAGGACUUGGUUUACAUGGCCAUCCAGAUUGCAUGUGGAAUGAGCUACCUGGCUCGCAGGGAGGUCAUACACAAAGACCUUGCUGCCAGGAACUGUGUGUAAGUGUCCCUGACAGUUGUCCUCACUUCUUCCAUGUUGCCUUCAGGUGAUUUUCUUUGGGAUUUAAUUACUCUAAGAUAAAGAUGCUAACCACCCUCUGUUUUCCCCUCUCCCCUUGUCCCCCUUGGCAGCAUUGACGACAACAUGCAAGUGAAGAUCACAGAUAACGCCCUUGCCCGGGACCUAUUUCCCAUGGAUUACCACUGUCUGGGGGAUAAUGAGAAUCGACCGGUCCGCUGGAUGGCUCUGGAAAGCUUGCUCAACAAUGACUUCUCCAGUGCCAGUGACGUGGUAAGAUUAUAGACUCUAUCAAAUAGGGGUGGGAAUCACCAGUGGCCCUAAGAUACGAUAUUGUCACGAUACUCGGGCCACGAUACGAUGCUAUUGCAAUUAGUAUUACGAUACAAUAUAUUGCGAUUUGUACCAUUUUUUCAACUGUUUAGCUAAUUUAGCAUGUGACUUUCCUUUCCGUUUGUCUUAUUCACGCUGUAUUUUAUUUUUAGAUUUAUAUAAAUUUGUUGCACUAACUUUCCCCUGCACUAUGAUGUCACCGCUGCCAACCUCACUGGACGAAUAGUUGAUUUUAUUUUUCCAGUAUCAUAGAUUUCACUUCAUAUUUACAAUUGAUUUGAAAAUAAAUAAAUAAAUAAAUACUUGGUAAAGGAGACAAUAUGAUAUAUCACCAGACAAAAUAUCAAAUAAGUGAAACAAAUCACUUUGGUAUCAGUCAUAUAUUAAUGGAGUAAAGUUUCUAAGCUUUAAAUUGCCAAUAUUGGUCAUCAUUGUGUUGCUUUUUUUGGGCACAAACUGAACAAAUAAGACAAGGUGGUUGUGACUGGAGGAGUGAUAAGAAAACACUUAAAAGCCUCUUUUAUAGUGAUGCACGAUAUGAAAAAUUUCAACAGAUACCGAUAACCGAUAAUUUUCUUCUUCUCAUGGCCGAUACCGAUACCGAUAACCGAUAAAUUCAUAUUUUUACAUUUAUUAUAAUCUUCAUAUAAUCUGCAAUUUGAGCAGGAUGCAGCGAUUGAAAACUGAUGUUUUUGUUGCUCUGGCCUAUCUAGAACAACAAACAAAAGUUUUUGGCUCUUCAAAUGUGGUCAUUUGCUAUAAAUAACAAUAACAGAGCAAAAAGCAGAACUUCAUUUGAUCCCCUGAACUGUUCAACAGAACUGUAAACUGUAAAGGAGUUAUUAUGAGACGUUAGGAUUAGCAUGCUGACCGGACUAACAUCUGACGUCCAUAUGUCUGUGGUAAAACUCACGUGUAGUCCGUUCUUGUCGAUCAGGUUGUGAAUGUAUGUGGCGACAAUAUCAUAGAGUGCAGGAAGAGACACAUCCGAGAAGAAGCGGCGGCUUGGGAGAGUGUAACGUGGCUCCAAGUGUGCUAUUAAACCCGGGUUCUCAACGACGGAAAAAGGCUGGUCGUCAACCGCUAUGAACUCCAUCACUUUGUCGUUAAUGGCUUUAGCCUUUUCGCUGUCUCUUGAGAAGCUUUUGCAGUUUUUAAACGCCUGCUGAAUGGGGACAUCGAUCCUCCGUAGUGUUGUUGUCUUAGCUUUAGUACCGCUAGCAGCUUCGGCGGCUGUCUCAUUUUCUUUUACUACCGCUUCGCCGCGAUGGCGACUUCUCAGAUGAGCUAUCAGAUUCGUUGUGUUAAAACUUGACGUCUUCUUUCCUCCUCUCGGAAUCCUCGCUGAACAGGUUUUGCAUAUAGCAGCUGUUGUCAUCUUCUGCCACUGAGAAAAACGACCAUGCUGGUGAAGACAUUUUAUUAUCUGUCAGGUAGUGACGGGGUCAGGCUUGGGACCUGCGAGUAAGGCGCGAUAGAUGACGUAACCAGCGCGUCUCGGACGGGCGGCUACUCCGCCUGCAAACGUUACUCGUAAUUUCAUUAAUAUAUCGGAUCUUUCUAUCGGAAAAAUGCACCUAUCGGACCGAUAAAAAAAUGACGUAAUUUUCCCCCAAAUCGGCCGAUAUUUUAUCGGUCCGAUAAAUAUCGUGCAUCCCUACUCUUUUACAUUGGCUGUUCAAGGUGUGACUUAAAAACCCCAGUUAACAGCUUACAUUUCUUUCUCCAAGGCAAGAAACUCAAAGUUUUCCUUUGAACAUUAUAUAAGGGGAAUGGUUUUCUUUUACCUCAAAUUAAAGUGUAAAGAGGGGCUGGUAUAUUAUGUUUGGCACCAGUGGCGGUUCUAGACCAAAUUACUCCCCGGGCGAGCACCCCUCCAAGUGCCCCCCCCCCCCCCCCCAGCUAGAAUUUUGAACAGAUAGUUUUGUAUUACUAUGUAGUAUUAUUAUUAUUAUUAUAACAACAAAAAUAAUAUAUUUCUCAGUUGCAGAAAUCCUUCAAUAGAAAAAAACACAAUCCUGAGGGCCAUUUUCAGAAGGGCCCCCAGAUCCUGAGGUUUUCUGACGUGUUAAGGUUUACAAAAAAGCUGCUAUCUCGGCCUCUGUAGUAGAUAGAAACAAAAUUCAAAAAGUAUUUGAGAGCUUAAACAUGUGGCUUUCAAGAAAGCUCUCUUUUAGUUUUGCGAACCUUCAUCACAUUUUUGAAAACCUUGAACAAACAAACUCAAAUGAAAUAAAGCGGCUGUAUAAAUAAAAGUAAAGGCUCUGCACUGGAGAAUGACAAAUAAUUUGCUUUCUGUAAAACAAGUGGCAGUCAUGAUAAAGUGUCCAUUCAAUACAAAUGUAAAUGUAGAAAAUAAGGUGUUGAAAGGGUAUACAGCUGCCUCAGUAUAGUGCCAGUACAAAAGCAGAACUAAAAACUAAAAAAUGAAUAAAUAAAUACGUGGCUGACAGUGUGUUCAUCUCUGUUCUCACCCAAAGUCAUGCAACACUCAGAGAAAACGCUGAUAGUGUGAGCCAAAGCACUCCCUAUGAAGAGGUUGUUCACACUGCUGGAUGUUUCUCCUCUGAAGCUGCUCUCUGCCGCCGUCAUUGUUUACUUUACUCAUGAAGCUCAUCAAGCACGUAGCAAGAUCGCUACGAGCGCUUUAUUCGCCUAUCAAAGGCAGACGGGUACGGUGAUUUCAUUCACUGCCACUCCAGAAAUGAUUAAAAAACUACAAAAUGACGUAUCCGCGCUCCCGCGGAUAUGCUGACAUGCGUACACAGAGCAGAGCUCGCGACUCUCUCCCUGCCUCGUCUCAUACAGUCUGUCAGCCUCUGUGCAGCACCUUCGGAGCAAGCAGGGGCGCCUACAGCAGCGGGGGGGCGCCAAUUUGACAACAAGAGUUAAUACAAAUCCGCUUUGCGGUCAAGAUUUAUUAUUAUUAUCUUUUAUUUUAUUUUUUUGGAAGUGCUCGUGCCGCCCCCCAUGAGUCAUGACACAAAUGCCGCCCCGGGCGGCUGCCCUGUUCGCCCGUGCCUAGAACCGCUACUGUUUGGCACAACCAGCAUGGAACAAAAUUAAGUGGCACCAGUGGUUCAGUAAUGUUGUGUGCUGUGCUAACAAGAAACACGGAAGCCUCACUAUCUUAACUAUGGCAGAGGGAUUCAGCAGACAAGUUUUGUAUCCACCAAAGAAACAAAUUAAUGGGCUUGUGUGGGAGUAGUUCAAGUACACCGUGAAUGACUGCAGAAUUGUUCAAAAUGACUGAAUACACGCCUGCAAAACCUGACGCAAAAGUUACAGAGAAAGGAUCAAACGCAUCCAAUCACUGCACCACAAAAGUAAUGGUAAUAUAUAAUCACAGUAAUAUUACCUGAGUAACGUAAUGAAAACUGAGUUGGUUAGAAAUUAAAAUAGAAACGUAUUUACAGCUGGAAAGUCUGGCAUAACAGCAGAAGUUUUCAGAGGUAAUGACAUACUAAAACUGUGAAUGUUUGAUACACUGUUUGUUUUUGUCAGAUAUAGUAAUAAUUGGUGUUUACCCAAAAUGUUAUCCAUAUCACAGAUGUCACUGUCUUACCACUGAUAUCUCCCUGCAACAUACGUUCUCAGUCUCAGUCUCCAUUGUGCAGCAAUUCCCACACGUACACCUGAAGUAAAAGGUAGGUAAUGAGUUUGGGAAUUAUUGAUUAUGACACGAAAUAGACUAUAGGCCUUGUGCAUAGGUUCAUCAUCCUAUACCACACGCAGCUUAAUUGUGAAUAAUACUGUAUGACUGGUCUCCAAUUAUUUUCCAUGGAGGGCCAAAUUAUGUGUUGUGUUAAUAAACUAUUUGGAGGUCCAUGAACUUAAUUUCGGAAAUAAAUAAGAUAACCAUGUUCUGUGUGUUCGUGUGUAGCCUGAUCACCCAUAGCCUAACCGAGAAUGAUAAGUUAGAUCAAAUCUUCUCUUAUCACGGUGGUUCUCAAGUCCAGUCCUCGAGCUCCCCGUCCUGUAUUUUUUGAAUGUUUCCCUGCUCCAACACACCUGAUUCAAAUGAUCAGCUCGUUAUUAAGCCAUUACAGAGUUUGAUAACGAGCUGAUCAUUUGAAUCAGGUGUGUUGGAGCAGGGAAACGUCCAAAACAUGCAGGACGGGCGGGCUCGAGGACUGGAUUUGAGAACCACUGUCUUAUCAAAUUACCAUUCUGACACGUCCAUGUUCUUUCGCUCUCCGGCUUCUUCAUCUUCUACCUCCUCUUCGGACUCGGACUCGGGGUCAAAAAUAUAUGGAUUAAUGCCUGCCAUUUUUAGCCUUUUGCACACAUUAGCAUAACAGAUAAAACGGCAUCAGAACCUCCACUGCUGAGCCAAUCAGAGCACAGCAGGCUUUACAGCAGCGAUCCAAUCAGAGCAAAGCUCAUUACCAUAAAUGUUAAUGAGCCAAAACCUGUUGAUUUUUCUGAAAGGUUUUUUAGGCAUACUAAAACAAACCAUCAAAUAACUUUUCAGCUAAAAUUAUGUUGCAAACAUGAUUAGAGGACAUCAAGGAUUAGGAAAAAAUGAUAAAAAUGGGUAUGAAAUUUUGGUGGCAGGUCCCCUUUAAAAAAAUUAAAAUGAAUGCAUAAUAACUGUCAUGAUCAUGAAUAUUAUUUCAUGUUACUCAAACUAUAAUUGUAAACUCAAAACCGUUCAUCCUUGCAUCCCUGUUGGAGGGGUGAACUUCUUUCUGGAGCCAUUCUUAUGUUGCCAUUUUCCAAACUGUGGUUUCUGGCACUCAGACUUUGGCCAAAUUUUUCAUCAAUAGGUUUUUGUGCCUAUAAUCACUACAGCAUCAGAUACAAUGUUUAUUUGGUGUAGCUGAAUCACAGAAACCUUUUAUUAACCUUUAUUGUCUCUAAUGGUUUCUCCAAAAAUGAUAGGAUAUGAUACAGGAGAGGUGAUGCAGGAAAUGGCCCUUAUUGUGUCAGAGCCAUUCUUGGACACUUUGUCAAGGUGUCAAAGGGAAAGGAGGAACAGUGUUGAGCACCAUGUGUGUCUGUCUCUGGCUCUUCCCUCUUUCCUGUUCCAGGAUAGCAGAGUGGGUGCGGCAGACAGUAAGGAGGCUGGGCAGCUCCUUAAAGACGUUAGCCAGACAUUCCCCCCACCCCUCCACAUUCCUCUUAUGGUCAGACUGUUUCAUGGCAGUCGUUGCCCUCCCUGAUCUUACAGUAAAAGAGAGGCUUGGCUUUACCAGCCCACUCAGCUUCAGGGGAAACUCCACACUAUUACCUGGAACAAGAAGCAUUAUGAGAGCAUCACACAUGCCAGUGUUACACACGUAAAUGCUCCAUAACUUAUGUCAGUGGUUACGCACAUUUGAUGCCAACACAUGCAGGACGAGAAAGUGACUAAGAGGUCUCACUUGGAGCAGCGUUUGUGACACCAGUACUUUAAAAAGCCCCACCCCCACCCCCCAUCACUGUGCCCUGGGGUUACACUCAGUAUAUUAGCUCUAUCUUUCAUUUAAGAAAACAGUUGUAGUUUGAAUCAUCCUGUUAAAUGUAUUAGAAAAUAAAUCUACAAUAUUCUUUGACUUUCUGUCCCCUUUGUUAUUGGUAAAGGGAAAGAUUUUAUUUUAAUUUUAGAAAUAUUACGCUUAGUUUUUUCAUUUCCGUUUUUAUGGUGUUAAAUAGUGUGAGAGUUUGUUGAGGAGGCAGCUAUGGUCUGGCUGCAGCUAUCAAAUAUUUUAAAAAUAGAGCAUUCUACCAAAUAUUCCAUCAAUCGAUAAGAUAAAACAUAACUUUUUAGUUAUAGUGCAAUUAGCGUGGAACAAGCGUGUGUGUUAGUGGAUUGCAAUGCUCCUAAGAAAGCUAAUUAUGAUAUUAGCUUUCAUCAUGUCCCCAAAGACAUUAGUGUCUGAGAGCUGAAUAGCUCCUAUGUUUCCUGCUUCUUCUACUACAUCUGCAAUGUUAGGCUGCAAGCUAGCAUUAAAGGAGUGUGCAGAGCAGCGUUCCACUGGAGUGACUUAAGCAUGUUGUGUCACCUUGAAAAUAAUCUGUGUGAAACAGUGAAUUUUCGAGUUUAUAAGCGAGUACUCGAGGCAGAGAAAAUUCCUUGUUCAUUUUUUGUAAUCGAGGUACUCAAGGUACUCGAGGAAUCUUUGCAGCCCUACAGCUAUGGUCUGGCUGCAGAAGACAUUUUGAUCUCACUCUAUUUAGAGGUCAGCUGAUUACAGUUUUUCAGUAGAAAUGGAAAAUUAUAUUCAGGAUUAUGUUGAGAUUGGUGUGUAAUCACUCCAUUUUUAAAAAAAAAAAUUUUGUUUAUAUAGAAUGAGCUUUUUUUUUUUUUUUUUUUACGUCCAUAGAAGCAAGUUUCAUGUUACAGGGUCUGCCUUCUUCUGCAGCCAUGUUUCGACCAUGGUGAAGACAACUAGUGCAAUAAUCACUUUGGUAUUUAUGGAGUGGUUGGAGAAUGUGCAGAAAAGAAGGAGAGAGUGGUUUUUAGUUGUCGUGUGCAGAAGAAUUUGUGUUGGUAGACAUUAUUGAUGGUCAAAACUUGACAAGUGGAAGAUCAAACUUAUCAUACAUCACAGCAGCUUUUUGUCCUCUGCGGUCACUAUCUCUUCAUUAAUAGUUGGGGUGAGCAAGGGAGCCUUUCAGCCUGGAAUCUGACCGCUAGAUAUCACUGAGUACUCUUUUGAUUUCCCUGCACCUUUAAGGGAUAUGAAAUAUUUAAGGAUACACAAAGAAAUUACAUCCAAACAGAAGAAAUGCCAGUGUAAGCAGUUUUUUGUAUGUCUGAUGUGGACAUAGAAGUUGAUCUAGCCCUUUAUUUAAAAUCUCAGCUCUAGAUUAUCCUCAAACCUUUAAAUCUGUACCAAGUUAAGGGAUGGGAUUCUUGCAGCUUUAUAAGUAAUUCCAGGUUUACAGAAAAGUUGACUCAUGAGACUUUAUUUAAACGUGCUCAUCACCAAGCUGUGGACUAUUAUGACAUUUGAACGUCUUGGUUUUUACACAUGUGCAGUUAAAAGUCUGAUGAUAGCCCCGCUUUGUACAUUUUCCUGCUGUGUUGUCUAUUACCAGUCACAGCCCUGCUUUAGACAAGUCUCAGAUUGUACAGACUCAAGAGGUCCAGAAAAGACAAAAAAUGAAAUCACAGGAAAGAAGCAACACCAAUCCAAGAACCAAUGGACCAUUUCUGUGCCAGUUUCAAGAGUAAAGGCCCUGGUAUCAUGACAGGAUAUAACAAGCUGCCAUGACUUAAACAAACCUGCCAUUGAAGAACCCAGUGCUCUCAUGAGCAUCCACUCACUGUUUUUUACUAAACAGAGGCCAGGUCAGAAAGAGUUGCCAACUUUCAUUCCUGCCAAGAAUGUGAAGGACUGCCAGGGUCAACACCUACAAUGACCUCAGAAAUGGGUUAAUAAUCACAGUGUGAUUUGAAAACACCAGAGAGGAAAUGUUUCUGUUCCCUGUUUCCUCUUGGGGGUCAGACUGAAGGGUCAGCUCUAUAACACGCUCAGGGUGGACCCUCAUUGACACGGGAGCUUGUACCAGCCGUCUUUGUAAACAUGAGGGUCCCCUGUGUUUACUCUGUCUCUCAACAAAAACGUGGCGCAGUGAUUUCUAAUGAUGAUGUAUAAAUUUAUCGAUGUCAUUUCCUUGCAUUGUGCCUGUGGAACAUUCUGUAUCUGAAUGCAAGUGGGCACCCCUGACUGUCUCUGGGUAGGAAUUCUGUUUUGUUUAUUCUGUUCGAUGAAAACACACAAAAGAAAACAGUUUGUGUUUAAAAAACUGGAAAUAUUGUAAACAAAUGCACUGUCCUGAACAUCACGUUCAUCACAUUUUGUGUUUAUACAGUGGGCCUUCGGAGUGACGCUGUGGGAGCUGAUGACUCUGGGCCAGACCCCCUACGUGGACAUCGACCCCUUUGAGAUGUCAGCAUACCUGAAGGAUGGUUACCGAAUAGCACAGCCAAUCAACUGCCCAGAUGAACUGUACGUUGUUUCAAGAGUGUACACACACACUAACACACACACACCUAAUUUUACUGAAUCUAUUUUACAUCCACAAACUCAGAAGUGUGAAGACAUCAUCCUGCUCUUUGGACAAGUUUUGGGGGAAAAAAUAAAAUCAUUGAAGCCUGAGAGAGGAAUUCACUAAGAAUAGGUUUGUGAUUGCACCCCGAGUUGUGCCUGAGAUAUCAGUUCUCUGUAUUGAAUGGACUGAGCAGUUACUUGUUUUCUUACAUAACAAUGCAGAUAAUUGACUGGGCUACCAGCUGGCCUCCACAGCUGCAGACAGCUGGCAAGUUUGGACUUGAUCAAAUUGCUGCAGUCACUCUGAGGAGAUGUUUGCUUUCUCCCUCAUCCUGUUGUUCUCAAUGCAAACAGAUACUUGGAGUUGUAGCCAUCCUCAGUCCAGUAUGUUAUUUCAUGUUUACCUAGAGCCAACAAGCUGUUGAUGACACAUUGUUUGUGCCAUACAGGAGUACUGACACCUGAGUGAAAUGUUGGUAAGUUACCAGCUUUGUUGGUGUGAGGCUUAUCAACAUCCUGUAACUGUCAGGAAGGAAAAGGAAAGCUUUCUCCUAUCGCAAAAUUGUUGUUUCCUCGAUAUCAGCCUACAAAAAGCCUGUCACCUUGACACAUAAGGAUAAGAUUUUCCUGUUCAAAAAAAAAAAGUUCUAUGAAUCAAAUCUGACAUUAACAGGCCGUCUUUAUGUUACCUGGCUCAUCAAAAUGUUAUACACCAACAGGAGAUAACUGGAAUAAUAAAGAAGGCUGUCAGCUGUUUUUGUCAGCAGGCUCAGGGACACUUCUGUAAUGCUGCUGCUGGUGCAUGCUUUGACUCUUUUUCUGCCACCAAAUAAAGCAAUAAGAUAAGAAGAACUUUAUUUAUCCUCUAGGAGAAUUUAGAUUAGUUAGCUGUGACUCUACUGAUCUAUCAUUGUACAGAUUAUAUGCUGUUCAAGCAAAUUGGGAUUAAAAUGAAGAGAAAAAUGGGAUUUUCUGCAUCAACAACUAGACACAGUGGAUUUUUUAACAUUGAAAAAACUAACAGCUUUGAACUUUCAACUGUAUGCUGAUGAUGCUCUCCAUUACAGUCCAGAUAUUUCUCUUAAAUGAAUACAUUUUUGCAUUACAGUAUAUCUUUAUUUUUCCUUAUACUGCAUUUUUUAUCCACAGCAGCAUUCAAAUCAAAGUGUCUGUGAGGAGUUUUUUAUAUUUAUGAAAUAGACUGAUACUGAUACAUAUUGAUGCCAUUUAGUAUAUGAAAGCAAACAACACUAUCAUUGCUAAGACUCAUGCCUUUUAUGUUGUAGUUAUUAGUGUCUGGAACCUGCAAGGAGGUAUGUGUCAGUCGAGCAGCUGAGGAAACAGUACAUUGUACACGUUAAGUUUUCUCAUUGAAUGGCACAUUAUAUUGUAAAAAGUCAGCAGAAUGAGAUUUGUCCUUAUAUGACACUACUUCAGGAUGGAGAGGAUAAAAUUAGAAAAGACUCACCUGUCCACAUGGGCACGGAAGUGGACACAGACUACAAGUUUCUCACCGAUACUUUUAAAUAAAAUAAAAUUAGGUUGGAAGCAAACCUUGGCCUUACGUGGAUUUCAACGACUCAUUUUGAAUAAACAAAAACAAAGUGAUUUUCAUGUGAAAGUGAUAAUACACUAAUAUAAACAUACUCAUGAAGAUGAUAUUCUCUUAAGCCAUUUAUGCCUAAUGCUGCUGAAUACCUCACACUCUACCUUUAGUGUGUUGUGUAACCACGUACUACAAUAAUUGAUCAGAUUUAAUAGUCAUGUUACCCUGAUGCGGUAAGCUUUCCCACCACUUUUGCUUUCUGUUUUCUUACCUUAAUUCACUUAAGAAAAAAAAAACAAUAGUGCAAUCAUUGAACGUCCUGAACAACUUAAGGGAAAGUACCUGGAAUUUCUCAAAGUGUCUGAACAUGUGUUCCUUCAAAAUUCAAUAGGUGGUGAGGGGUUGCCUUCCUUUUCCAAAAUAUUAUAGGUUGCUCAAUAAAACAUUCACGGGCAUGAACUGAUUAUAUCUCACUUGUGUAUCAGUGCUGCACAGGCAGCUCCUGUUUCAGGACAAUACAGAACAACCUGUACGUGUAAGUUCAACUUCAGGAGUGGGUAUCAUGUAAUUUCAGUCCCCAGCCUUUUCUGUUACUUUUCUUUUCCCCCCUUCGUAGCUCGUCUUACACACAGAGCGCUCAGUAUUGAAGGGGUUAAACUGACUCUUCUGUUCUGCUUUCCUCUGUAUUGCAGGUUUGCAGUGAUGGCGUGUUGUUGGGCCCUGGACCCGGAGGAGAGGCCCAAGUUUCAGCAGCUUGUUCAGUGUCUGACAGAGUUUCAUGCAGCGUUGGGUGCUUACGUCUGAAAACACGCUGUUUUUCAGUUUUCAAGAACAGCAACACAACAAGCUGGUGGACACUAUUCAUAAGGAAUACACAUAUGAAAAUGUGCCUUAUCUGAUGAAAGAGCAGACUGAUGCUGAUGGUUUUUAUUUUGUACAGUACUUUUUGAGUUUUUAUAUAGUUGAAUUACCUUUUUACAGCAUAGCAGUGUAAAAGGAUUCUUUGUUGAAUAUCGCUUCUUAUGCUUUGAAAGCGUCUAGACAGUGCUCUUCUUUGCCAAGAGGACAGAAAUGAAUGAACAAUGUCCUCGCACAUCAGCAUUUUUGGACAUUGAUGUGCCAUCGGACAAAAUUCAACCGUCACAGCUUGGUGUUACAGACAGUAUUUUCUACAGUGAAAUAACUUAGAGUAACGGUGUUAAUGGUAGAUGUGUUAUGGACUCUACAGCAGAGUGAUUUAGGUACCGAACUGAGGCUGACACGCUUCACUUGUUGGUGUCACCAGACUCCCAAACCCAUCAGUUCACUCUGCUUAGUAAGCUCAAGCUCGGUACGACGAGGCCUCAUGGAAAUCCAAUCAAUUCAGAAGAUUUCAGAGACUUUGAUGAAUGGUACACUGUUUUCUAAAACUGUUUUGUGAGUAACCAGGAGGACACUAAUUAUUACUGUGAACACACACAAAAAAACUCCUCUGCAGCCCAGUCCAAUUCCUAAUCUCACACCUUUAACAUCUUUGUGAUGUGUCUUUAUGGUCACUGCAUGUUGAAUUAAGGUUGUAAAGUGUUUCCCCACGUCAUAUCCACAAAUUAAACGGGAUCUUUUAAAUAGAUAAA